AUGGGUGCCAACCUGAAAAUGCAGCAUCCGUAUCUGGAAUCACCAGAUGUGAUGAUCAAAGAUAAAGAUGACAGGCAGGAAGUGAUGCAAGCAGGAAGUACCUGUUCGUAAGGCCGAUCUACGCGGAGGACCACAAAUGACAACAUUUUGGAGGUCCCAAGUCACAAGGUGGUUAGAUUGGUCCCAACUAGGGCGAGGGCCUUUUCAGUACCGGCCCCGACUUGGUGAAAUGCUCUGUCACAAGAGACUAGGGCCCUGCAGGACUUGACAUCUUUCCACAGGGCCUGCAAGACAGAGCUGUUCCGCCUGGCUUUUAGUUUGGACUCAGUCCGACCCUUAUGUUUCCCUCCCCUUAUGGUUUUGAUCUAUGGGCUACUUUUAAAAUGAGACUGCAUUUUAAAUUGUAUUUUUAACCUGUAUUUUAAAUUGUGUUUUUUCACCCCUAUUAUGUUUUUAUUGUAAUUUUACUGCUGUUAGCUGCCCUGAGCCCGGCUCUGGCCGGGGAGGGCGGGGUAUAAAUAAAAAUGUAUUCUUAUUCUUAUUCUUAUUACAUGUUCACAAGGAUCAUGUGCCGAAGGCAUCUUGGGAACUGGGCCACAUCAGAACUAUGUUUAAAACUGUCAGUAGCUACUAGCCAUGAUGACUAUGCUCUUCUCCUUAGUUGCAGGCAAUAAUGCUUCUGAAUACAGUGGUACCUUGGGUUACAUACGCUUCAGGUUACAGCCUCCGCUAACCCAGAAAUAGUGCUUCAGGUUAAGAACAUUGCUUCAGGAUGAGAAACAAAAUCGUGCUCCGGCGGCAUGGUGGCAGCUGGAGACCCCAUUAGCUAAAGUGGUGCUUCAGGUUAAGAACAGUUUCAGGUUAAGUACGGACAUCCGGAAUGAAUUAAGUACUUAAUCCUGGGGGGCCACUAGGGGGCGCAUUGGAAGAUGGCCGACAAUACCAUCUCUCCGACCCACACGGGGUAAUUAAGAGGCUGUUAUGGGAGUAGGCAGCCUCCCUUGUUGCCCCAAGGAAAUGGGGAACACUGCCCUUGCCUGCUGUGCCCAUAAAUCACCCCCUAAUUCGAAAGAAGGGGGUGAGGGCCCUAGGCAGAAUGCCCCCGUGUGGACAUCGGCUCUCCUGGACGCUGUCUCUGAUUGCGCACUAGUUGCAGCAAUUUGGAAUAAUUAAUUACAAACGAAGCAAAUGCACAUAUUUCAAGUGAAGAAGGGGAGUGAAGUCUGCUAAUUUAAGUGACCUCUGCGAAAGAAAACGACGGGCUGGAGAAACAGGAAUAUUUUACGAUGAAGAUACACCAAAGGCAGGGUAUGUUGACAACGAGGCUGAAUGGGCGGGGAAAACCUUUUUUACUUUCCUUCUAUUUUUUACUUUUCCUUCUACAAGAACCCCUCCUCAUUAGAACCGUUGGUUGAACUGACCCAAGCAGGAUGAUUAAGGUCUGUGUGGAGAUAAACUUUAACCAAAAGUAUGCUUUAUGGAGAUCGAGAAGCAAUAAGAGCUUUUGGAAUGGCACAGCAAUUAAUUCGGAGUCACCAUCUUGCCAAAGGAUUUAUAGCUGGGAAGAAGAACGGAUUUGUUUUCAGACUGCAUUCCUGGUGAAUCUCCUCAGAGGUUUUGAAAAAGGAGGCAGAUUGGUGAAGAUUAAUGACGCUAAGACUGUUUUGAUGUAUGGAAGUGAUGUUAUAUGGAAAACGUCUGGAUAUGGCUACUGGAUAAAAAAAAUAAUAUCCACGCAGGAUUACAAACUGUUCUAACCAGCUUGUGGAGACUAUCAGAGGUCACAAAGAGAAAGGAAAAAUAUAUGAAAAUAACAACAAGAGAUGUGGAAAAAUAAUAAGAAAGGACUGGAUAGUACUGUGAACAUCAUAAGGUUAUAUUUGUGGACAUUAAAACAGCAGUAAGAAGCAAGAAGUUGAUUGGAUCCCUUCGGAACUUGAAAUAUGGGUACCCCCAACAAAAAUUUAAAAUUUGGCUGUGUAAUUUGGAAUUUAUGUAAUUUGGUUUGAUUUGAUGUGAUUGGUCGGUUAAUAAAAAAUUAUUCUUAAAAAAAAAAAAGAAUUAAGUACUUAAUCCGAGGUACCACUGUACCAGCUGCUGGAAAUCAUUGGAGUGGGGAGUACUCUUGUGUAUGCAGGCUGGCCAAUGUGAGAACAGGAUGCUGGACAAGACUGGCCAUUGACAAUUGGCUCUUUAUAUGCACGGAUUCCACACAGGGCAGCAGCUGUUUGCCUCGCUUUUAUAGGACAGUUUAUUUUAAUGUGUUACAAAAAGCCAAGCCAAGCAAGUGCAGAGAGCCUUCGGGAGCGGGGGAAUAAAAUAACUCUGCAGGCUGCAUGGACUCAGUCAACCGGUUCUGUUGACCUUUCUCUCUCUGUCUCUCUGGCUUGGAAUUUUAAUGACUAUUCAAUUAUCAUGUUGACAUAAAACUCAAACAUUAGAAGUCCCACUUGAAGGAGGAAAGGUUCCUGACAGGACAAUUUAAAAGGCCUUGGUUAAAGAAAAGAAAAUCCAUAAUAUAAUAAUUACCCUUUUCGUAGAUCUACUCUCUCCUCACCACACCUUCAGUGGCUUUUGAAAGACUGUUUAAUUUUCAAAUGCGAUUAUACUAAAUCAUCUUUAUUGAGCAUUACAUUCAGCAGACGAAUCUUACUGUGCUUCAAAUAGUUUGCCAGGAUUUUACAACAGGUUAUCAAAAAGCCCAUCGCAACAGAGGACCAUGAGUGCUUCCAAUCACCCUUUAUUUCAUAAUUUAUUUUCCCCUUUUUAUUGCAAUUUUCAGAGAAAAUAAAUGGAGUUUAUGUUAAUUAUUUGGCACACAAGGCAGGUGUUGUGUGUAAAUGAAAGUCAGAGGUAUGGGUACUGCCCACAGGUUUAGAUACUGAAACUAUAGAGAUAUGAGGGAAGAGGAGUAGGAAACUAAAGAUACAAAAGAUGCAUAUGAGGAUACCAGAACAAAGAGAGAAGUUAUUAUAAACAAGACAAUUAACAUCCACAGCUGAGACUAGGAAUGAGCAAAUCUGUCAAUUUCAGUUUCUUUCAGUUUCUCAGGUUUUUUUCAAUCUUAAAUUAAGUCCAUGUUUCCACACCAGGUUGUUAUUGUUGUUAAAAGGUCCUCAUGAAACUUCAUCAGGAUUUUUGUAUGAUUCCUGCCCCUCAGAAACAGAUUUUUCUGUGCAAUUUUGCCUAAUAGACAUAUUUUUACAAACCAAUUUUCCCUAAUACAGUGCAUUUUUGCAUGGUUUUUUCAAUCAACAUAUACAUUCCCUCCCCCCACACACUUUACCGUAGUACAUUAUUUUUUUACAUACACACUACUUGGCUAGAUAAGAGGUGCAAAGUUUGAAUGAUGGUUGCAUUUCAGUUUGCGUAUUCUUUGGGAAAGUGUGAAUUAAGUGGGUUUGCCUUUAAAUGUGAACUGAGUUGAACUUUUCUUCCAUCCCUGGUUGAAGCCAUGAUAAUCUUCCCUCCGAAGCUUCAGCCCCUGGGUUAGGCUUGACCUGGGAGUGAAGCUGCAUCCAGCUGGUGGCUGUGCCCCCUCCUCAGCCGGCUCAGGGGCAACCCUAAGGAGAAGGUGUUGUUGACACUGUCACUGUCACCUCAGCCCUAAAGGCCUGGCCCAGGUGUGGCUUCCCUCAAUGAGAGAACCUGCUUGUGCCUGUGGUGUUCCCAGACGUUUGACGGUCUAUUGAUCCCUGUGCCACCACUGUGAUUGCUUUCUCACUGCCACCAACCCGUUUCUCUCGGGUACACACGGAUUCCAGACAGUUGUUAACAUUAAACCAAAUAAACAAGUUUAUUUUAUAAGCUUUAUCAGGUUUAUAGUUUCAGAUAAUUUUUCUUGUCAGUUUCUUAAUCUUAGUUACUUUACUGGCCUAUACCUUCCUAUUAACUACUAACUGAUUAUACCAACUGUUUAACUGACCCCUCCUAACAGAUUCUCUCACUCUCUCACAUCAAGCUAUCCCAACCCACAGACGUAUCCUCUCUCUCUCUUCUCUAACACCCGACUGACUCCUUAACAACACUAACUCUAUCUCUAACUCCUCCCCUUGGGUUCCCACUGGCCAAUCACUUCACAUUCAUUUAACCCUUUCCUUAUGACCCAGCAUGAUGUCACCUAGAAGGGCAAACGCCACAGUGCCCCCUCAAAAAAAAUGUGCCCAGGGCAAUGGUCCUCACCAGCCCCUCCUCCAUGCUACGCCACUGCCCAGCAGGGCAAGGCAGCAUUUCUCAUUUUGCCUCAAGAGGUGAAAAAGCGCAAACCGGGUCAAAUAUAUGGUGGAAAUGUAAGGAAAAAGAAGGUACUUUUUAUCAUAUGUGGUGGGAAUGUAGAGAAGUUAAAAUUUUUUGGGAAAUGAUAUAUAAUGAAUUGAAAAAAAAUGUUUAAAAUGACAUUUGUAAAAAAACCAGAAGCAUUUUUGAUAGGGAUUAUAGGACAAGACCUGCCAAGAAAAGAAAAAAAAUAUGUAUGCUACAACAGCAGCAAGAGUCUUGUUAGCACAAGGAUGGAAGAACGAGGAAAUCCCAAUGAAAGAACAGUGGCAAUAAAAAUUGAUAACUAUGCUGAAUUGGCCAAAUUAACAUAUAAACUGCGUGACAAGGACAAUCAUGACUUCAAGGAAGAAUGGGAACUUUUCACAAACUACUUAAAAAGACAACAAAAUGACUCGUACUCCUUGGCAGGUUUUGAAUAAACAUACACAAAUUUAUUAGUUGAAUAUAUGAUAUACAAGACAAGGAUAUGUAUAAUUUUAUAAUAUGCAAAGAAUAAUAUGUGUAAAGAAACCAGAGAGAGGAGCUGAGGGAAGUCCUGGGUGGGGGAGAAAAAAAAUAAUGUAAUUGAAUGUUUGGAUUGAUAAAUUCUUAUGUUGAAACUGUUUAGUAAAAAAUAUUAAAACAAAAAAAGAGGUGAAAAAGCGCACAGCCUACCUCCACUGUUGGCUUCAGUUACAGGGAUUUUCAAGAAGGGAGUGUGUUGUUGUGCUUGCAAACUUCCCAUAGGCAUCUGGCUGUCCAGUGAAAGAACAAGUAGAUGGGCCAUGGACCUGAUCCUGCAGGGCUUGCCUUAUGUUUUCAAGGCAACAGGAGGAUCUUAGAUCAUUUUUGCAUGAGCAGAGUAAACGACCAUCAAGACAGUUCUAGUCUCCCAACUGGGUUUGGGAAGAAAAGAUCCAAGAUUCAAAGCUCAGUUUGGGUCUUUUGAAGCAAGGCACACAUAUCCAAUCAUUAGUCCUCUUCCUUUUUUAUCUUCUCCUUCAACACCUACUGCUGUUUUCAAUCUAAAUCACAGGAUCGCUGCCUAUUUUGUUUCAUUGAAGCUCAUAUAUAUAUAUAUAUAUAUAUAUAUAUAUAUAUGAAUAAUGGAACCCUUGCAAUUAUCAUGCAGGGAUCCUGUCAGUUGAAUCAUUGUUAUUUAAAAAUAAAUGUCUCUGUCUUUAUGAUUAAUGCAGCAUUACAAGACAUAUGCCUUCAAAAAUCAUGAGUCAGACCUCAUCAGUACUAGGGGAUUGGUUUUAAAAAUUCAUUUACAGUUAUAUGCAGUAAUAACAUAUUAGGUUUCUUUCUUUUUCUUUCUUUUUCUUUUUAACUAUCAAUCUCUUUCUAAGCUACCUUUUCACAAUGGUAUAAAAGGUGGGUUGCCCCAGAUUUAAAACAAAUGAACAAACUGCACUGAAGCUGAUCCUAAAAAAACGAACUCACAACAAAAUCAGCAGUGGCAGAGACAUAAUCAAUCAUGGACAGAGGAAGAGCAAAAGCAAAGCCAUAAUAAUAAUAAUAAUAAUAAUAAUAAUGUUGUCUUCAUCAACCACAUAAAAGCAGGCAUUCUGGGGACAACGCAUACUUUUUUUCAGAAUGCUGAUCUGAAUCCUGAGCCCCGUAACUAAGUAGCUUUUGUUGUGGACACUUACACACUUCAUUUCAGCUACAAUGCAACUCAAAGACGAGCCUCUCUAAUGGAACAAAGGAGUGUGUGGGUGUAUGGGUGAUACCUGAGAUCUUCUGGUGCCAAAUCAUUUAGGGUGUAAAGGCCAAAGCUGGCACCUUGAUUUGAUCUGAGAAGGAAAGUGGUAGGCACAUACCCUCCAAGUGCCCCAAUUUUUCAGGGACAGUCCCAGAAUUACAAAAGCCAUCUCAGCUUCUGAUUUGAAGGCAGUGAGUUUGGGGGGAGGGGGAGCUCAGAGACUUUGUGGGUGCCUGGGGAAGACAUCAAGAGCUCUUCAGAGCUCAGGGGUCCCAUGCUGGUGAUUCACACCCUGGACCACAUCUCCUGUGAGUCGCUCCCUGGAGGGCAAAAACUAUCGACAGAACUGCAGUCCCUCAGUACUACCUUCUGGAACCCAUCCAGCAGGUGGAACUGAAGCCACCACUAAACAGUUCCUGCCAAGUCCAGAAGAAGGAUGAAGGCAAGGACUCCCUUGUCUUUAUUGAUCUAUAUGCCGUUCUGUGACACUUUAGGGCUGAAAAGCAGAGUAAAGAUCCUUUAAAUAAGAAUACUAUCAUUGAUAUCAAAAGCUGUAGAGAGACCAAGGACAUACCCUCUAACAUUUCUCUGAUGAAAAUAGGGACGUCCCGUUCCAUAAUGAUAAUUUUACUAUUUAUACCCCUAAAAGUGUCCCUAUUUUCCAGGGAAGUCGGUGAUUUAGAGAAGCCGUCCCGGUUUCUGAUUUGAUCCCAGAAUGUCCCCAUUUUCCUUAGGAUGUUUCUAUUUUCAUUGGAGAAAUUUUGGAGGGUAUGGAGUUAUCCAACCCCCGAGCUGUCUGAAGAGAAUCCUGAAUAGGGAAGUUUUUUUAAUGUUUAAUGUUUUAUUAUGUUUUAAUUAUGUUGGAAGCUGCCCAGAGUGGCUGAUGCAACCCAGUAAGAUGUGUGGGGUAUAAAUAGUCAAAUAAUUAUUAUAAUCAUUUUGGAUACGACGUCCCUAUUUUCAUCGGAGAAAUGUUGGAAGGUAUGGCCUCUGUUAAUCUAAUGGUUACACUUUUCCUCACAGCUGAUGCUGGCAAAAGACCUUUCUUUCUGCUUUUCCUAUCACUUGAGCAUUUUGUCAGCCCUUUGCUUACUGUUUGCCAAUGCCCCUAGCACUGAGGUUUCCAAGAACCUGGCUGUCAGAUAAACUAAUGGAAGGGAUUGUGAAAAGUGAGAGGCACAACCUGCUGGUCAAUAACAGAGGUUGCCAAAGUUGACCCACAAGGGCCAAAGAAAGAUCUGGUGCCCAAACCAAAAGAAUCUCCAUCCUUGAUGUAACCCAUACUUUGUUGGAGUGGAGUGGAGGAAGGAGAAAGAAUAAGGCUAGUUAGCAGUGUUGUUUUGCUAUGCUAAAUACUCCAACUUGGCCUCCUUUGAUUUUGAGGUGUUAAUUAUUUUCCCAGAGGCUGAAAGAAAGCUUAUUUAGCUGCCUUCAAAGCUCAGUUGUUCCUUCUUUGUAGAUCGCUUCAAUCAAACGUGUUUCUAUCUCUUGCCAUAUUUAUUUCUGCCUUCUGCUCCUGUAAUUGGCUGUACACGCUUUAAAAGCUUGUGCUUGUUGAGUUAGCAUUUUUCUCUAAGUUGCUGGAAAUGGCAGAAUCUUUCCCUCUGGAGCACAAACCUCUUCUCUCUCCCCUAGUCCAAGUUACCAAUUGUACUCCCUUUGGGAUUAACCCUUUAAAAUGUACUUCUGCAUUGUAAUUGCAUGUACCAUUGCCUUUUACAGAGCUACAAUUCCCAGAGUUCACAUAGAAGAUGGACUGAUUGUUAAACCACUGUAGCUCUGUGAGGGGAAUACGGAUCUCCCAACAAUUCUUAGCGCCCUUAACAAAAGACAGUUCCCAGAUUUUGGCGAGGGUGGGAUAGUCAUGACUAUUAAAGUGAUGUGUUUGUGCUUUAAAUAUACAGUGCUCGUUAAUCUCUGCUGAGCUCUGUUUUAAGCGACAUUUUUAAAUUUAAUUAUGUUUUCAGCUGGCUGACAUUUCUUUCUGACAUUUUAUAUGCUCUUAAUAUGUUUUGUACACAGUUUUAUUGUGCUAAUUCUUAUUACAUCAUGUGGAUUUUAAAGGGUCUUUUUGUCCUUAAAUGUUUUAGUUAUUUUUUUAUGGGAAGCUGGGAUAUAAAUGUAACAAGUAAUGAAUAUUAAACAGAAUAAGCUAGAAGAGUUGUAGAAAAUAUUUUUUGUGUUUUAAGGGAUAGAUAAAAUAGUGUGGUUCUAGUUUAUAGAAGAAGAAGAAGAAGAAGAAGAAGAAGAAGAAGAAUUAUUAUUUAUAUGUGCUGUAAGUUGCCCAGAGUGACUGGAGAAACCCAUCCAGAGGGACAGGGUAUGAAUAAAGUAGUAGUAGUAGUAGUAGUAGUAGUAGUAGUAGUUAGAUUCAUUCACAACUUAAUUGCAGGUGUUGCCACACAAAGAUUGAUUUCUUACAAAUGCAGAAUGGGUAUUAUGUGGCAUCUGUAACAGAAUGAAAUGGUCAAGUGGACAUAUAUGAGAUAAGGCAAUCUCACAGGUAAACUGGUCCCAAGCUUUAAGGCCUUUGUCUAGUAAUAGUAACAUACUGAACUUGGCCUGGUAGCAAACCAACAACUAGUUCAGAUCUCUCAGCGCUGGUGUUACAUGCCAGCAAGGUCUCCAUCCUGUAAGCAAUCAUGCUACAGAAUGGGGGGGAGUGAAGCAGUGACCCACGUUCCCCUUGCAGCAGUGAUCCCAGGGUUCCCCGUUAAAGGGGUCUUGAGGGGAGGCAUUGAACAUACGCCAAGAGGUUGUCAUUGCUCUCCCCUGCGAUGGCGGCGAAAUGGGGGGUGGGCUCUCUGCUUGAACAUAUGUUCCCCAGAGCCAGCCCAAUCCCCACACAUUCUGGAUAACCCUGAUGUCUCUCAGAUCCCCAGCUGGGGACUGGGAAGGAUAAACGCCCAAUGCCUGAGCCAAGGUCUCCCUACAUCUGAAACUUAGUGACGUUGUGGCCAAUUUUAAUUCCAUAGCGACUGCCCCACCCCAUCCCCCCCAAAAACACAGCCCAAUGAAGAUCAGCAGGUACUGAAUACUCAGUGCCUGUUUGGGAAGGGCAGAAAACUGGAGUUGAAGUGGAGGCUGAAACAAGUUUCCGGAAGAGGAGCACUCCACAAUGUAGCAUUGUACUGAUGGGUCCGGCAUGAUUCACCACUACUGGAAGGAACAACAACACAAUCACAGUGGAGAAGAUAGUUGUGAUAUUCCUGCCCCCUGACCACAUUUACACACUUCCUCCAUUGGCAGUCUAAGGGCUCAUCCAUACUUCCGCUUGUUCUGUGCUUCCUCAGCACAGAUCCAUGUGGUUUUUCUUUAGCCCUGUUGCUUUCUCCAGGGAAACCGGUUGUUCCCCAUGGAAUCGUAACAAACGUCCAUUGGCACAGGAGCAGCAGAAGAAGAUGCUGAACAAAGGGAAGUGUGGUUAAGUCCAAAAACUAUGCACAGAGUAACAUUCAAGGUUGUUGCAGCCAGCGUGGUAUAGUGGUUAAGAGCAGUGGACUCAUAAUCUGGUGAACCAGGUUCGCGUCCCCACUCCUCCACAUGCAGCUGCUGGGUGACCUUGGGCUAGUCACACUUCUCUGAAGUCUCUCAACCUCACUUACCUCACAGAGUGUUUGUUAUGGGGGAGGAAGGGAAAGGAGAUUCUUAGCCACUUUGAGACUCCUUAGGGUAGUGAUAAAGUAGGAUAUCUAAUCCAAACUCUUCUUGUUCUUCAUUUCAGUUUGGAUUUUUACAGUGUUGUGCACACCAGAGGAAGGGGAUGAUGAUGUCUUCACCCAAUUGCACAUUAACUGAUUUGUUUCCCGGUGCCUGCAACCCCACCUGACUCCAGUUCAUCUGGACAUGGGCUGUCUUCUGCACAUGUGUAAUGGCUGUCUAGAGUGUCGGACUGGGACCUGAGAGACCAGGGUUCAAAGCCUCACCCAGCCAUGAAAGCCCGACACUGUCUCCAGAGGUGGAGCUAGCUGCUCUGGCACCCGGAGCGGCCUGCCGGGGUGGGGCUAGCCACCCGUGGGGGUGCUAUGGCGCUCUAGGGGGUCACCACCCAUGGUGAUGUCACCCCCCCUCAGGGAUGAAACCCAGGGCGGACCACACCCACCUUGCUCCGCCUCUGACUGUCUCUCAGCCUAACCUACCUCAUAAGGUUGCUGUGGGGAUUAAAUGAGGAGGCUACCUUGAGCUCCUUGGAGAAAAGGUAGGACAUAAAUGCAGUAAAUAAGGGCAAACCCCACACAGCUUACAUUUGCAAAUCAGGUGGAAGCUGUUUUGUGGGAAACUGCAUCAAGGAAGCUAGAAGCUACAGGAUGCAUAUGCAUAGUAGCUAACAGCAUGUGCACUCACUUCAAAGAGGCUGCUGGAUGAGGUCAAUAGCCCCUCUAGCCCUGCAUUGUGCUCUCAGAGUGGCCAACCAGAAGCCUCUUCCAGGAAUCCCACAAACAGGACCUAAGCACAACAGCAACUCUCCCUUCCUGCAGCCUCCAGUAGCCUGUAUUACAUAACUGGUAUUCAUAGACAUCUACUCUUGCACUCCUUUCAUGUUGAAGCAUUGCUUUUCUACCUUUCUACUUUCAAAAGCCUCUUCUGUGCCUUUAAGAUUACCCUCUCUUAUUCCAAGCAGAGCCUCGGCUCCUUCAAGACCAUCCAAAUCUAUUUUUAGCCAAUACCACCAGGAUCCCUUCCUGAACGCCAGCGGCCCUUUCAAUUACUACAGCUAGGAUCCGGUCCAAAACUCUCUUCAGGUGCCUUCAGAUUAAGUCAAUCUGCCUCCUUUCCCCAUAAGGUAAGAUUUAUAUGCUUUUUCUAGUUCUGCUGCAGUGCUUUGCCACCUUUGGGAUCGAGCAAGCUGCCUUUCCCUCAGCUGCAUUCAGGGGGGAGAACUGUAGUCUAUCCCUAUUACUCUCCCCCCAUCCUACUGGUGUGCUUCUGGGGGGAUAUGUUAGCAGUUCAUUGAUGCAGGUGAACUGGGUGAGUUGACCUCACCUUUUCUAAAACCCACUCUGGGAUGCUUUGAAACGAGGUAUAGUUUUACAAAUGAAAUUGGGCACCUGCAUCUUUGCAAUCCGACUUGUAGCCUCUGUUUAUUUGGGUAGCAUUUCCCCCAAUGAAAAUGACCACUUUCAUUAUUGAGAUAUGUGUUUACUUUUGGUUCCUUGGGAAGGAUUUGGACAGGAGUCGUGUUGCUGCUUUUUAAAACAAAAUAAGACUGAAAUAUUGGACGCUGGGAGGACUUGCACAUGUAUUAUGCUGGGAGUGUGCCCCACAUAAAUAGUUGUUUACAUGGAGAGAAGGAGCCUCGUGGAUAAUUAUCAUGGGAUAAUUUGGAAAUGGAGGGUGGGGGAGUUGUUAUUUAACCUUGAUUUUUUGCCCCUUUAAAAACAUUCCAUUUGAUCUGAUUGUUUACUUGAAUCAGAUGCAUCUUCUCCCAGUUGUGGAAACUUUUUCAAGCAUGAAGUAUUUAAAGCACUUGAUCUGGAAAACCACAUUCACAUCCACACCAUACAAGUAAAGCACUACCAUACUACUGCAAUAAUCAUGGUUUCUUUCCAAGAAUCCUGGGAAGUGUAGUUUGUUAAGGGUGCUAAGGGCUGCUCAGAAACCCCUAUUCCCCUCCCAGAACUACAACUCCCAGAGUUCCUUUGUGAACCCACUCUGGGAACUGUAGCUUUGUGAGGGGAAUAUGGGUCUCCAAACAAUUCUCAGUACCCUUAACAUACUACAGUUCCCAUGAUACUUUGGGGAACCUGUGGCUGUUAAAGUGGUAUAGCAGUGAUUUAAAUGUAUGGUGUGAAUGUGGUUGUAUAUAUACGCUCUGCACAAGCAGAUACCCAAAGGGAUAUUUAGCAUUUAAAGAGCUAUUUAAGGUUCACUCAAUGACAUAUGCCCAGUCUAACUUGGUUUCCCUCCCCACCCCUUUAUUAUGCUAAACUUCCCCAUACCAUAUCACAGGUGGCUUAUGAAGAUUCCCUUUAAUGUAGGUGCUACUGUUCAGUGUUCACUGUUCAGACGCGGGUGGCGCUGUGGGUAAAACCUCAGUGCCUAGGACUUGCCGAUCGCAUGGUCGGUGGUUCGAAUCCCCGCGGCGGGGUGAGCUCCCGUCUUUCGGUCCCAGCUCCUGCCCACCUAGCAGUUCCAAAGCACCCCUAAGUGCAAGUAGGUAAAUAGGUACUGCUUUAUAGCGGGAAGGUAAACGGCGUUACCAUGUGCUGUGCUGGUGCUGGCUCACCAGAGCAGCUUCGUCACGCUGGGCACGUGACCCAGAAGUGUCUCUGGACAGUGCUGGCCCCCGGCCACUUAAGUGAGAUGGGCGCACAACCCUAGAGUCGGACACGACUGGCCCGUACGGGCAGGGGUACCUUUACCUUUACCUUUUACUGUUCAGUGAAGGACGCGGGUGGCGCUGUGGGUUAAACCACAGAGCCUAGGGCUUGCCGAUCAGAAGGUCGGCAGUUCAAAUCCCCACAACAGGGUGAGCACCUGUUGCUCGGUCCCUGCUCCUGCCAACCUAGCAGUUCAAAAGCACAUUAAAGUGCAAGUAGAUAAAUAGGUACCGCUCCAGUGGGAAGGUAAACGGUGUUUCCGUGCGCUGCUCUGGUUCUCCAGAAGCGGCUUAGUCAUGCUAGCCACAUGACCCGGAACUGUACGCCGGCUCCCUCGGCCAAUAAAGCGAGAUGAGCACCGCAACCCCAGAGUCGUCCACGACUGGACCUAAUGGUCAGGGGUCCCUUUACCUUUACUGUUCAGUGAGUUGUCUGAAUCUGUCUGGGGUGCACAGGAUCAGUAGGGCAAACCUCAAGGGGUCAACCUGCUUGGGAACCAUUCCCAGAAGAGAGCUAACUCCAUUGCUGGGUAUUUGGAUUGAUGGGGUGGAAGGCAGGGAGCCAAAGCCAGAACCAAUGAGAGGUAGGGCCAAGUACUUCUAGUUGUGAUCCCAUCCCCCUCCCACUCCCUGCUGAGUUCCAGCAGGGCAAUGCUGAGACUAAGAAGAAGCUGACAGCCAUGACCACCUCCUGAGUUGGUCGUAAGAGGGUUGGGAGAUAGGUAUUAGCUGGUGGCAGAUUGGCAUUGGUAGGGCAGUGUCCCCACUCACCCUAACAGACCAGCUUCCAUAGGUCAACUGCACCCUGGAGAUGCUUGGCUGAACUGCUUCCCCCACAGGUCUUUAUAAGUGGAGGUCAGGGAAGUCAGCACCAUGGACAACUCCCGGUGAGCCUUGCUGAUUGGAGACCUCCCUCCUAUUGUAGCUAUAUAGGGAUGGUAUCUGAAGGCAGAUCCACACCAUACAUGUUUAGGCAAGUCUACCCAUAUCUUUAGAAAGUUGAGGUCAUCUUAAUCCAUUUUAGUAUUUUAACCAUUGCAUGAAUUAAAGCAGGGUUGUAAUUUCCCCCCUUGAUUUUACUGUUUUAUCUUUUGUCAACCUAUCUGAGGUUUGUGAAUUUUAUGAAAUAAAUAAACAACACAUCUACAGCACAUUAAAUACUUGUUCAAACCACAUGACUUUCCCCCAAAGAAUAAUGGGAACUGUAGUUUCCCUCUCGCUGAAAUACUGUUCCUAGCAAACUACAGUCCUCAGGAUUCUUUGGGAGCAGCCAUGUGCUUUAAAUGUUCGCUGAAUGUGUAUUAAAUGUCUAGUGUAGUUGGAUCUGACCUUGGCUGAAAGCUAAAUCUGAAGCCUUCUCAGGAGUGAAAAAAGCAAAGUGUGGAUGAGAGCCACAUACUGUGGCCUUUCUCUAGGAAACUACCCCCCCAGCACAAAAUGGGAAAAUGUAAAUAGCGUUGGAGGCAUAACUUUUCAUUAGUACCACAGAAUAGAAAUAAAAGGUUGAACUCCCCCUCCCACCUGCUGUGACCUCAAUAACUAUCGGACCCCCAGGGAGAGAUAUUUGCAUUUCAAACUAAUGUGUAUGUUAAAUACAAAGAUGCAUCUAAAGUCACAUCUAACUUGAUCAAGUAAGUUAAUGUUUCUUGGUCUGUUUGUUAACGAACUCCCUUUCUUGAUUAAGCCCUGAAGCCAGUUUUGUCUUGUCUUCCUGCUUUCUCAACCACAUAUAGGAAACAUUUGACCCUCCAGGUGCUUCUGAACUGCAGCUCCUACCAUCGCUAGCCACUGACCAUUCUUGCUGAGGCUGGUGGGAGUUGUAGAUCAGGAACGUCUGUAGGGUUACACCUGCUCUAUCCCAAAGAUCCUACGCUUCCACUCAUAGCUCCUGUUCAUUGAGUUCUCAUUUUCUGAACCAUUUCUACCAGAUGUAUAGCUAUUUGUCCUGCAGUGGGAAGUGGUUCCCUAGUACCAGACUAAUACCCCAAUUCUCUCUUGUACCAGAUAGAAACGCUUACAGGACACUGGAAUCAGUUUCAGAUGUGUAUCAUCAGAUACACAGCUUCUUGAGCAAACAUGGUAACAGUUCCCACCAGUUAUAUUAUAACUGAAGUGUCUGAAUGUCUUCAAGGGCAACCCAUAUAUAAUGCAUUGCAACCAUCUAGCUGGAUGAAUACCAGGGUUUGGAUAACUGGAGUUUCGGCUGUCUGACCAGAAAGGGGACAAAGCUAGAGUAGAUAUAUAUGUUACACUUUCAGGUGCCAUAGGACUGUUGGCUAAAUAUCCAACGAAUACUUCUAGGUUAGCUUCAUCUAUUAGUAUAUGCAAAUUAAAGCAGAGUUUAAAAGUCAAAGAGUGUCUUUAUCAGCUGUUCCAAUUAGUGUUGUUAUGAGCAGUUCCUAAAUUCAGGGAUUUACCAGGAAAUGUCCAAGUUGCUCAAUCAGCAAUUUCAUCACCCUUAAUAGGAUAAUCGCUUUCCUUGAGUGAUAGGAUAAUCUCUCUCUAGCAGAUUGUACCUCCAGACAAAGAUAAACUGUGAUUAAACAGUCAAAAGACCUUGUCUAUUUGAUGCAAACUUGUAGCAUCCUGUAAACCUUUCAAGAGAAGGAAAAUAGAAACUUUUGACCUUAUGUUAGACUCAGCCCAGCCAAGUCAGGAGGUCAUAGAUCUUUGAUAUCGAAGGUAAGCUGCAUUCACAUGGCGGUUUAUUCCAUUUUCCUGAUGUUUCCCUAACUGUUAGUAUCUGCAUUAUAUUCGAGUUUUCGCACAACAUAAAUACCAUUUCUGGAAAUAUAGCAGAGUAUAGCUCAAAGUUAGCUCUUAUUUCAGUGUUAUUUGCAAAUUAGCUUUCUUCUGGAAGCAAACUCAGAAAUGACGAUUCAGUUUUUUCAGUGUUUCACUGUAUUUCUAGAAGUGGCCAUUAUGUAUUAUUAUUAUUAUUAUUAUUAUUAUUAUUAUUAUUAUUAUUAUUAUACCCCAGCCACUCUAGGUGUCUUCCAACACAUAUAAAAACAUAAUGAAAUUUCAAGCAUUAAAAACUUCCUGAUAUAGGGCUGCCUUCAGGUGUCUUCUACAAGUUGUGUAGCAUAAAAGCUGUGCCUUCAGGAAAUAGCGUUAUGGCUAUGCAGCCUACCCCUCCCUCUUCCCAGGCCACACUAUGAAGGUGAAUAGGAAGGCCUUGCUGCAUCACCAUCCCCUGGACUCCCAUAGCACCAAGCAGAUGAGGCAGUUUUGCCUCAAAGGUGGCCCCAAUCCAGCUCCAGAACCCCAGUAGCAAGCUUUGGGACCAACCCAUCACCUUGAAAGAUGCUCAAGGGGAAUCAAUGGGCUGAAAUAAAACUGUUCCCCUUCCUGCACCUAAUUGCCCACUGGGACCAAAUUAAGUAACAUGGCAAACCAUCUAGUGCAGGCAUGGCCAAACUUGCCCUCCAGAUGUUUUGGGACUACAAUUCCCAUCAUCCCUGACCACUGGUCCUGCUAGCUAGGGUGAUGGGAGUUGUAGUCCCAAAACAUAUGGAGGGCCAAGUUUGGCCAUGCCUGAUCUAGUGCCACCAAGCAGCUAUUUAGCAUGGAGUAGGAGACAUGGGACAUGGGUGGCGCUGUGGGUUAAACCAGAAGUUUGGCGGUUUGAAUCCCCACGAUGGGAUGAGCUCCCGUUGCUCGGUCCCAGCUCCUGCCAACCUAGCAGUUCAAAAGCACAUUAAAGUGCAAGUAGAUAAAUAGGUACCGCUCCGGCGGGAAGGUAAAUGGCGUUUCCGUGCACUGCUCUGGUUCGCCAGAAGUGGCUUAGUCAUGCUGGCCGCAUGACCCAGAAGCUGUACGCUGGCUCCCUCAGCCAAUAAAGCGAGAUGAGCGCCGCAACCCCAGAGUCAGUCAUGACUGGAUCAAAUGGUCAGGGGUCCCUUUACCUUUACCUAGGAGACAAAAUCAACCCACAAGCCAAAACAUGUGUUAUCCAAACAUUCCUACUCAGGCCGUAAGUGAGCAAAUAAAUCACACUGAGAGACAGGGAGUGUAGGUGCUGCUGCAAAGAGAAGUGAGUGGGAGGUGGUUGGCUAGCCCUUAAAUAGGAGGCUGCCUCUUUUGCUCAUUGAGCUACAAAUGCACCCUGCCAGUCAGUAACAAGGUGGAAUGAAUGGCAGAACAGGGCUGUUGAAAAUAUUAUGAGCAGGACAAAGUUACAUUAUGAACCAAGUAAUUGCAACAUUACUCUUCUGCUCUUUUUUGUUGCUAGGAAUGGGAUUUAUGCAUCGUACACACAUUGCUUUUCUUCUCCUCUCCUCCCUAAUGGGACAAACCUUGCAAUGUAUGAAUCAUGUGUACUGUGCUGUUCUUAUUUACAUUUAUUCAUCACUUACUACAUAAAAUGCCUCGAAGAGACUGACAAUGGUAAAACAAGAACAAGGACAUACAAAUGCAAAGGUUGAAAACAACACUACUUGAAUAAAAUGGCAUUAUUUAUGAAAAGUGCUUAUCUGGCGAUAUCAUAAGAAGGGACAACAGCCUAGGGUGUCAUUUUGUCAUGUAGGUGUUGUGUGUGUGUAUAUUUUAUUAAUUGAUAUUAAUAAUAAUAAUAAUACCAUAUGAUCCCAAUUAAAAACUAAAUGUUGCCUCUUCACCCAGGUCUUAAAGGUUGAUAAUGAUGGUACCAGGUGUAAUAAGUUUUGGUUCUCAUUUCUCAGAAGAAGCCACUUCACUGUAGUUCAAAUGAAAAUUGUCUCCCGAGUGGCCGUUCCCUACCUGGAGGCCCACUGCUGGAAUUCUUUCUAGGAUGGCUAUGCGUAAAACACUCCCAGACCCUUACAGACCCUACCUUCCCCUCAGGUAGACAGAACCUUGUCUGCCCAUAAAAAAUCCCAAUCUCUGAGACAAUUUACAAUCUGAUCCCACUGACAGAUAAACCCUAUCUGAGUCCACUCAGAUAGUAAGAGGCUAUUUCUGCCUACUCAAGACAGAAAGUCCCUAACUGUAUUCCCUGGUCCCAGUCUAACUCAAAGAAAAUCCAGGCUUCCUCUCUCCCAAAUGGUCUCUAUCUGGCCAUUAACUGUCAGCAUCUAAGUUCCACUUUCUCUCUCCUGAAUGGAUGAUCAACACAUCACCUUCCUCUGGUUUCUGGGUCACCAGGAGGCAGACCAGGAGGCAUCACAGAGACCUCUUUCAGAAAGAAGAAUGGGAACUCAUAUGAAUUCCCCAAAGUUCUCGAUUAGAGGGUAACAGCUGCACAAACAGUUAAUCUUUCCUCUGUAGCCUGUGACUUGAAUUGGUGUAAUUUCACAUUUGUUAAUGGAAAACUCUGCUGGGAGACAUUAGCUACAGUUCCAUCGGAAUGAUGGGAUUUUCUUUGAUGUAAUGUACAUUUGGGAUUAACGGAAGGCGAUUUUUAAAAGGGGUUUAAGUUUUAAGUAGAAACAGACAAGCAUGUUCCUUAAGAAAAUCCCAAUCAAACAUAAUCUAAACUCACAGUUAUGUGUGGUGUUGGGUUAAUCUUGAAAAGAAGGGGUCAAAUACUCUAUUAAAUAUUGGUCUGUAACACCAUGCAGUUACAGUCCUUUGAAAUUCUUCCAAAAUAAAGACCCAUCUUUUCUAAUAUACAUUGUUUUUUCACAGCCUGCCAGUUUUGAGGUACUAAAAUGCUAGAAAUAUGGUCUAGACCUGGCUUCCUCAACCUCGGCCCUCCCUCCAGAUGUUUUUGGCCUACAACUCCCAUGAUCCCUAGCUAGCAGGACCAGUGGUCAGGGAUGAUGGGAACUGUAGUCUCAAAACAUCGGGAGGGCUGAGGUUGAGGAAGUCUGGUCUAGACCAGUGGCAGCCUAUGUGAUGUCCUCAAGGGGUUGUUGGACUACAACUCCCAUCAACCCCAUCUGACACGGCUAAUGAUCCAGGAAAAAUGGAUGUCGUAGUCCAUCAACAUCUGGAGAGCACCUUGUUGGUUACCCCUUCUCUAGAUUAUUCCUCUUGAUAAAUCUAAAGGUGUCCUGCCAUUUCCUCUUAAGAAGUCAUUGAUAAAAUUGCCUUUGUAUGAAAGACAUCUCAUCAGGUGCAGCCCAUAGUUAACUAUGAGAGGCAUUCUGUGCAUUGCAGUGUUUUACUGCUUUGAUCUUUUGAACUGCUCAUACCUGAUUUAUUGGUAAAUGGAUAGUUACAAUCUAAUUUUCAUACAAAUGUUUAUUGUAUUUGUACAACCCUUUAAUCAUGCUGUCAAUGAAACAGCGUGUCCUCAGGUAACAGCUUCUCAUUAAUGCACACAUUAAAUAGAUUUAUUUCUAUCAUCCCUGUAACAAUGCAUCAGUGCUCUCAACCUUAUGCUGCAGAUGGAGGGACAUAGCUUAGUGGUAGGGCUUAUAGAAUCAUAGAAUUUUAGAUUUGGAAGGGAAAAUGGGAGUCAUCUAGACCAACGCCUGCAAUGCAGGAAUGUUUUUUGCCCAAAGUGGGGCUCAAACCCAUGAUGCUGACAUUAAGAAUGCCAUGCUCUACCAACUGAGCUAACCCAGAUAUCAUGCUUUGUAAGCAGAAGGUCUCAGGUCCACUUCCUGGUAUUUCAAGAGAAAAUUUCAUUAUUUUUUUUAAAAAAAUAAUAUUUAUUACUUUUCCAAAAAUUUAAACACUAAAAAGACAAUACAAUGCAAUGCAUUACAAUGCAAUACAUUAAAACAAAAACAAUAAAAUAAAUCAAACAAUUUCAUUAUCCCAUCUUUCAUUCACUUAUUUCCACGACCUCCUCACACCUCCCUUUUUGUAUUCCACUUCUGUUAAUUAUUUCAGCAAUUCCUUUCCAUCUUCCUGUUUUCUAUCCUAUAAUUAUCUUAACUCAUUCUAACCUUAUUUUUUCCUUUAAUACUCUAUUAAUCUAUUUAUACUUAAUUCCUUAUAAUGUUUCUACUAAUGCCAUGUAACUUCAUUCCAACAUUUUUCUAACAUUCAUUAAUUUUACAGUAUUUCUGUAAAUAAUCGUUAAUUUUUUUCCAGUCUUCUUCCACCGACUCUUCUCCCUGGUCUCGGAUUCUGCCAGUCAUUUCCGCCAGUUCCAUAUAGUCCAUCAACUUCAUCUGCCAUUCUUCCCGGGUGGGUAAAUCUUGUGUCUUCCAAUAUUUUGCGAUGAGUAUCCUUGCUGCUGUUGUUGCAUACAUAAAGAAAGUUCUAUCCUUCUUUGACACCAAUUGGCCGACCAUGCCCAGGAGAAAGGCCUCUGGUUUCUUCACGAAGGUACCUGUAUUUUUCGCUCUAUAACACGCACCUGACCAUAACACGCACGUAGUUUUUAGAGGAGGAAAAUCCGUAGGCAUGCCACCCGUAGGCAUUCCCUCCAUAACACGCACAGACAUUUCCCCUUACUUUCUAGGAGGAAAAAAGUGAGUGUUAUGGUGCAAAAAAUACGGUAUAUUUGAAUACCUUUUUUAUUUCAUUAUAAAUCAUCUCCCAGAAUGUCUUAAUCCUUGGGCAUGUCCACCAAAGGUGGAAGAAUGUGCCUUCAGUCUCAUUACAUUUCCAACAUUUAUUGUCGGGCAAAUGGUAAAUUUUUGCAAGCUUGACUGGUGUCAUGUACCACCUAUAAAUCAUUUUCAUUAAGUUUUCUCUUAGGGCAUUACAUGCCGUAAAUUUCAUACCUGUGGUCCACAACUGUUCCCAGUCAGCCAUCAUUAUGUUAUGUCAAACAUCUUGUGCCCAUUUAAUCAUAGCUGAUUUCACCGUUUCAUCCUGAGUGUUCCAUUUCAACAGCAGGUUAUACAUUUUUGACAAAUUCUUAAUUUUGAAAUCUAACAAUUCUGUUUCCAAUUUUGAUUUUUCCACCUGGAAACCAACUUUUUGUCCAAAUUGUAUGCCUCCAUUAUUUGAUAAUAAUGGAGCCAAUCUCGCACUUUAUUUUUCUAUUUUUCAAAGCUCUGCAAUUUUAUUCUGUCUCCAUCUUGAUCCAGAUCAAGAGACAAAUUCAAUAUCUGCACAUUUCUAGCCAUGAACUGGGCUUUUUAUCUGUACUUCCCAAACCAGUGUUCCACCUUUGUUCUUCCACAAUGUUCCAAUAAAGUUCUCAGCUGAAGAACUGCAACAAGAUGCAUUUAAAAAUGUGUGUUUUGAGAGGCAAUGACCACAUUCAUACCAUGUAAUUAAAACACUACUGGACUACUUUAACACUCAUGGCUUUUCUAAAAUAAGCCUGGUGUUAUAAGAAAAAGCUGCUCCUUUUUCCCUUAUGGGUUAACCAAGAGCCCAUGUAGAGUCCUUAAGUAGGUUCUCCAUGGGUAGGAGAAAAUAACAGAGGCCAACCAGAGAAUAUUGAGAAGCAAAGCAGCUAGUAAGCAUGGACUUUAUUAAACUGUUGCAACAGGGUCCUCCACUCAGCCCACGCAGAGAGGGAGGAGAGUAACCUAGAACAAUGGUGUGCAAGCUCUAAUAUAGACAUUUGAAAAUUACCUCCCCUGUAGCUCUCCAAAACAUCAUACAUACAUCACUGAAAGGACUGUCUACAGCAGAAAACCUGUCUGCCAGGAUACCUGAUAAUGGUCACUGGUUGCUUUUACCUGGGCAUCCUGGCCAUUCUUUUGUGAUAGUAAAUACUCAGUUCCUGAAUCCAGGUCACAGGCUCACCCUAUUCAUACACAGAUAUGCCCUUAAAACAGGAUUUGUGAGCAAAGAGACAAUGGGAAGGCUUUCCCAUUUCCUUCCUCCUUGCAGAGAAAUAUUUGAGAUCAAUUUGGGAGAGUCAAAAUGGUUUGAGGAUUGCUCUCCUCUACCAUUUCAGACAUGUAGUUUGAACACAUACUUAUGUAUGUGUUUGCCUUGUAAAUUUAUGAACAUAUGAUUUUUAUAUAUGACACCUUAGAAUUCCUAUAACGCUGGGAGCUGUAGUUAGCUAAGGAUGCUGAGAGUUUUUAGGAGACCCCUGUUCCACUCACAGGGCUACAAUUCUUAGAGUAGUUCAACAAUCAAUCCCUCUUUCCGGGGACCUCUGGAAAUUGUAGCUCUGUGAGAGGAAUGGGGCUUCCUAACAAGUCUCAGCUCUCUUCACUGGCUUUCCCCCCACCCUGAAAACCAUCAUGCCAAGUUUGGUAGUAUCUCAAGAGGAGGCCAAAUAUAUGUUUUUAAAAAUGGCAAUAUCAUGCUAUUUUCUCGGGUGCUUUUCUGGGCAUUGUACAUAAUGCUGUGAUGAGCCUAAAUUGAUUCCUUCCUGCUUCUGCAACAUUUCUCUGUAGUUUAAUGGACUUACUGAGUGGGCCAUAAAAUAUAAUGUGAAAAAUCUAAAUGAAAUAUAUAGCAUCAGGGAGGGAAUGGCAAAUAUAGUUAUAAUGAUAUUAAAACCUUGAGCACAUUGAGGUUUAUUUCUGUGAUUUAAUAUUCUCCAUUUAAAAGGAAGGCUUUUGUUGCAUUAGUGUUUCAGAUAAUGUUGUCGGCCUCCGAAAAUCCCAAUGAAGUUAGGUUUAUGAAUCGGUGGCCGUCGGGCAGCCAAAGUUUUCAUUUGUUUUCUGUUAUACUGGCCAGUAUAUUCCCACCUGGUGACAUAACCAUGCUAUCAGCACUCAGUAACAUAUCACGGAGGUUAGAACAUAAGAACAGAACUGAAGAUUGUACAUGUGAGGACCAAAUUAACAGAUCCAGUCAUCCUUGCCAAUGGAUAUCAGUGGCUACUAGCUGCAAUGGUUAUGCUCUGCCUCCAGAAUCAAAUACAGAAAUGCUUCUGAAAACUAUUUGUGGAAGUCAAGGGAAGGGAGAGAGCUCUUUUGCUCAGGUAGGUCCUGUUUGCAGAUUUCCCACAGUGGUUGGCCACUGGGAGAACAGGACAUUGGACAAGAUGGGCCAUUGGCCUGAUCCAGCAGCUUCUUCUUAUUUUCUUAUUUCCAUUCCUGCAUAUAGUCUAGAGGACAAACACAUUUAAAGAGGGCCAUCAUUGAUACCUGGCAUGGCAGCGUCUGGAGUUCAGAAAGGUUCUAGCAUGGUCUAAGCUUGAAAUGGGCACUAUGCAUAUAUGAAAAGUUCAAAGAGCAUCCACGUGUGACAUCUUUGUCCCUUGGGAAAGAAAACAUGAAUGCUAGUUUUCUUUAUUUCUUUAUUUCAUAGCUCAGUUGGUAAAGCAUGAGACUCUUAAUCACAGGAUCAUGGGUUUAAACCUUACCUUUGGCAAAAAAAAAUAAAAAAUCCUGCAUUGCAAGAGAUUGGACUAGAUGACCCAUGUGGUCCCUUCCAACUUCACAAUUAUAUAAUUCCAUGAUAAUUCUAUGAUUUAUUUCACAUUAUUAUAUUGCAUACGACCAUUUACUUCCAGGUUCUCUGGGGUUGCACAAAAUUUCUUUCAAUUUUUGUGCUGCAUUUGUUGCUCUUCCUGUGCAGAGUAGACCCAAUGAAAAUAAGGAAGACGACUAACUUGGGUCCAUUCAUUUCAGUCCGUCUGAACUUAGUAAGCUAGAAUCGCUUGUUCGUAGCGUUUUAGAAAACCUCAAUAAAAAAAAUGAUUUAAAAGGAAAAUACAUGCCUAGUUAGGCUACCUGAAAGGUUUAGCAGCUGCUGAAAACAUUGCCGUGAACACACCAUAUAAAAAGCAUAUUGGUACUACUGGCUAUUUUAUUUGCAAUGCCUCUGUUCAUGUUGACUUUUCUUCAACCGCUUGCACUGCAGACUGAGUUGAUAAACCCAAGAUCUCAUUUCUGGUUAGCCACUGCCGGUUCAGAUCCUAUCAGUACAUACACUCUCAUGUAUAAAUCCACAAAUGCCAACGGGGGCAUUAAAAAUUGAUGCCCACUUGAGAGCGGCCAACUGCGUUGUAGAUUCUUGAAAAGAAAGCAAUCCAAUCCAAUGGGAAUUGAAGGUUCAAGUCUCCAGGUUUAUUCCGUCUCUGCCAGCACUGCAACUUGGUCCUCAUUUUGCUGGGAGAAAAAGAAAUACUUCUUCAUGUUUCUAGAGCAGUAUUUUUAUAUUAACGAGCAAAAUGCAGCCGUGUGGAUGUCAUUAUAAGCAACAUUGCUGUAUCUCAAACCACAGUAAUCUAGAAAAUAGUUCAAGACAGACGCAUUGAGAUGAUGGAAAACUGAUCCUGUAAUAAAUUGAUGAGUGUGGAUGUAGCUUAGGUGCCAGAAUGGCUACUAAUUGGUUUAAAUGUAUAAAAACUAUUAUAAAGUAAUUGCACUUAAAAGGCAAAAUAAAACAAUUCCAUCAUUGCAUUAAAACAUCCGUAAUUAAAAGGUACAAUAAAGCAAACCAGUAAAAAUCAUAAAAAUUAAAACAGUUUAAAACCCAAAGCAAUUAGAUCAGGAAAUCCAAAUUCAGGAGAAUGCUUGCUUUAAUAUAUUGUUUUCUGAAACACUCCCCUCCCCCAAUAUAGGCUCUCUUUUUUGUUGCAAAAUUCAGAUAACUGCACAUUUUAAAUGAUGACAGUGUUUCAGUUCCCACUUCAGGGAGUGCAAAUCUGAGAGAUUCACCUUAAAAUGCAAACUGAAUUGAAUGUCUCACCUACCCCUACUUGAACUUGACCCUGUCCCUUUGCUUCCUUUGGAAUGAAUAUGAGAUCUCAUUCCAGUUGCUGGAAGCCUCAGGAAAUGAGAGUGCUCCUGUACUCAGAUCCUGCUCAGAGGCUUUCCACAGGUAUCUUGUUGGCUACUGUGAGAACAGAGUGCUGGACUAGAUGGGCGAUUGGCCUGAUUCAUUAGGGCUCUUUUUAUAUCUUUAUGUUCUGCCCUCCUUCAGCAUGUUUUGAAUACUGUUUUCUGCUCUCCUUCAGUUGAAAAUCUGCUGAUUAAACCAAGGCCUUGCAGUGGAGGGUUUAUGGACUGAGAUGAAAUUGAGUUUUGACUUGGCAUUCACAGCCUACACCAUUUAUAACUGAGAGGUUGGCAGAGCGGUUACAUUGCAGGCUAAGAGAUGGGAUACAGUCUUUCAGGCUUGCCGUUGUAGAUGAUAGUUUCUCAGAACAAUGAAUCUGCCCGAGGUAUUAGAAUCCUGAACUUUAUUCACUCCUGGACUGCUGCCAUUUGAGAAUUCAUUUCUCAUCUCCCAACCAGAAGCGAUAUCAAACAUCUAAGAUGUUUAUAGGCCCAGUCAUAAAAAGAGGGAGACUGACUACUUACAUAGCACCAAAACAAGGAAAUGCAACCGAAAGGACGCGGAUUUGCAUAAAAUCCCCAUGUGCUAAUUUAUAGGUAUAAAUGUAAUCUUAGAAGAAAAUAAUAUAAUUUAAAUGUAAACACAGGGGCCCCUCCCAGUUGGUUGUUUGUUUGUCUGAUGAGCGUGUUCUCCAAUGUACCUUCGAUGCAGUAAUAGUGUGUUAAUGAAAGAUUUUUAGUGCACUUACAGACCCUCCAAGUGUCCCUAUUUUCCAGGGACAGUCCCGAAUUUACAGAAGCCAUCCUGGUUUCUGAUUUGAUCCUUGAAUGUCCCUCUUUUCCUUAGGACGUCCCUAUUUUCAUUGGAGGGUGUGGAGUUAUGAGACCCCCUGAGCCAAGGAGAUAAGUAGCUAUGCGACCUUUGGAAGACAUUUGAAGGCAGCCCUGUAUUGGGAUGUUUGUUCCAAUGUGUAAUGCUUUAUUAUGUUUUGUAUGCUAGAAGCUGCCUAGAGUGGCUGGGGCAACCCAGUCAGAAUAAUAAUAAUAAUAAUAAUAAUAAUAAUAAUAAUAAUAAUUGAAGAGGACGUGCCUAUUUUCAUCAGAGAAACAUUGGAGGGUAUGGACUUAAAUAUGUCUCUCCAUUGUAAAUUCAUUGUGCAGUCAGGAAGUCUCUUGCUUCUAUCAACCUUCUGCAAGACAUUUUUGGAUCCUUUGCACCUGAAAAACAGAGCUGACAUUGCUAAUGAUUAAUAAAUAACUAAGAGGACAAAGAGACUUGGACAGAAGGGGAAAACAAGCACAUUCAGACAUUCUUAGACCAUGCUUCAUUAGAGUAGUAUCCAAUGCAAAUCCAUUCUACUCUGAGCCCAUAAAAUUCAGACAGUAAAAUAUAUACAGUGGUACCUCGGUUUAAGAACAGUCCGGUUUAAAAAUGAUUCAGUUUACAAACUCCACAAAACCAGAAAUAGUGUCUUGGUUUGAGAACUUUACCUUGGUCUAAGAACAGAAUCCGAACGGUGGAAGGGCACCGGUGGUAGGAUGCCUCAUUAGGGAAAAUGUGCCUCGGUUUAAGAAUGGUUUCAGUUUAAGACCGGACUUCUGGAACAGAUUAAGCUCGUAAACCGAGGUGUCACUGUAUUGGAAAGUUGUGGUUUUUUUAGUUAUCAUUUUUUUUAAAAAAAGAAAGAACACAAUAUGAUUCUGAGAAGGAAACAGUCCCAGCUGUCUGCAUGGAAAACAGAAUGACUUUGGAUGAAUUUCCGCUCAUUUAUUUGUUUAUUUACAGCUGCAAUGAUUGUAAAAUAUCUGAUUUGUGAAAGGGAGAGGAAAGGUAUACAAGGGGGAAGAUACAAUAACUACUUUCCAAGUGCAGCGGUACCUCGUGUUACAAAUGCCUCAGGUUACAAAUGCUUCAGGUUACAAAAUCCGCUAACCUGGAAGAGUUACCUCGAGUUGAGAACUUUGCCCCAGGAUGAGAACGGAAAUUGUGUGCCGGCAGCGCAGUGGCAGCAAGAGGCCCCAUUAGCGAAAGCACACCUCUAGUUAAGAACAGUUUCAGGUUAAGAACGGAGCUCUGGAACGAAUUAAGUUUGUAACUAGAGGUACCACUGUGCCUUCUUUCUUCAGUGUUACGGGCCUGCUUUGAAAAAGCAGAUUGCUGUGCUAUAUAUACACACACAAACACAAAUGGAGGGGAAAGGAGGUGAUCUUAUUAUAAACUUGGGCAUGCAUCUCACAGUUAACAAACUACUUUUUCCCAUCUCCGCUCCAGAAAUGCAGUAUCUUCUUUGCUCGUCAGCAUCUUUGCUUACUGUGCUUUACACUCCGUAUUAUUGAUUUACAAUUUGUUGCUCGCUGCCGCUGAGUAAACUACUACCGUUGCUUCUACUACUCGCGUUACUGACUCACCAGCGGCAGGAUUGGAUUUUGGAGGCUCGACGGGCUGAGGUGCCAGGAGAUGGCUCUUCAGGGAGAUGUUGUAGCAAAUUGGGAGUUUAGCUCUUUAAAUGGUAUCAGUUACUUUAAAAAAAGGAGACAGGCAGCCUCCGGAUUCUUUUAAUUAAGCUUGUCCUAUAUUCUGUCUUUGCAAGUUGCUGCACUCAUUCUGGCUCCUUCGGAACAGUUUAACCAACCACAGCCAUCACACCAUGGAUUAUGAAAGAGGCUUCCCCAACAUCCUGACUAGGUAAGAUAUCUUUCUAAAAUAUGGGGAGGUGGGGGCUUUGCAGCUGACAUAUAUCCAUGUAUGUGCAGAUGUGGGGCAGGCAAGGAAGACUGACAUUUCUCUCCCUGCGUAUCUUAUUCCUUUUCCUUGUAUUAUGCUUCUGCCUUUGCACUCAAGAUAGAAAAUGUGAAAACUUGGCUCUCCCCCCUUCCUCCUUCUCGUCCAGUGAUUGAGAGAAGGAGAAGGUAUGUCGCCUCUUGAUUUGUAACCUGAGGGACGUAACUUUCUGCUGGGGAGAGCAACAUUUGACUUCAGUUUCAUGCUGUGGUUUCUGUGGUUACACUUGGCCUGAGACCUGUCACUCAUGGUAGGAGGUGAUGAAGCUGUGAUGAUGACCCAUUCGGUGUUCUGAGAGAGCACACCUUGCGAGAUGAGAUCAAAGGGAGAUGUGUGCCAGCACUAGAGAUCUACAGCAGGGACCAGCCAGGUCAAAAGGGGAAAUUCAACAGCCGGCUAUCUCACCAUUUACCUCACAGGCAUCAUGCGAUUGGUGGUGUAUCAUCCCGGAAUAUGAAAGCCCAAUUUUAAAAACAUGCAUAUCCCAUCAUUCCUAACCUAUCACCUAUGCAGCUAAUCCUUUUUUUUUUAAAAAAAGCCAAAUAACUGACCAUCACCAUACUUUUGAUAAAUGAAAUCCAUUGCAAUUUUCAGUCUUGUCCCCCCCCCUUUUCUUUGGAAGGGCAUAAAACUAUAUAAAUUUGCUAUAAUCAACCCCUGUGCCCCAAUUCAUCAAUUAAUUGGGUUCUUAAUAUGAAGAAUUUUUUAUAAAUCUAACACAGCAGCAGUAAAAAAUUUCUGCAUUUUCUGUAGGGGUGUUUUGUACAGAAUAGUCACUGCUGCAAAGUAGUAAUGGAUGUGUUUAUAAAUUGCCUCUUAGUCGUUGCACUAUGUCAGAAGAGCAUUUAACCACAUCGGCCAAUGGAUUAUUAUUCUUUUCCUCCAAGAGCACUGUUCUCAGCAGAGACUUAUCACUAUGGAAGAAUAUUGUGGGCACUUCCAGAUGACCUGUUCAUUGAACAUUCAUCCUGAUUUGUUUGCAGGAAGAUUAGACAAUGAUGCUCACUAUUUAAUGAGCAUUCUGUUUGAUUUGUUUUCGGGAGGGUUAGAUGCCAUCGUGUCCAAGCAAGUGUUUCUUAUCCUACAAUUUCCAGUGCACAUUUUCUGUUGCAGAAAGCAAGAUAUUUUGAGGAAGCGGGUUUGUUGCAUUACACCUCCCAAUCAACUGGAAUUUCACAACCUGAAUCUUCCAGUAGGUCGGUGAUUCUCACUGGAAAAUAGGGACAGUCUAGAAGUGCCCUGUAUAACAUGGUUUAUGUGUUCCAUUGACCAAAAUAUAGCCUGCCUUGGGAAACACAUGACAAAGGGCAGACCAUAAACAAAUACAAAUAAAUAAAUAAAUAAAUAAAUAAAUAAAUAAAUAUUAAUUCUUAGUUCCCUACAGCUGAACUGUUCUUAAAUUAUGCAUUGAUUGGCACUCCCUCAUUUCCAUCUCAUAGUUUUCCAUUAACAUUCUUGUAUCUUAAUGAGCUUCUCGUUGUCUUUGCACUGGGGAAUUUCUAGGUGAAUGUAGAAGUUCUCCUUGAUUCAGUGGUGGCUGGUGCCCCUUGGGACUGGUGGGGUAGAAGACAAGGAGCCCAAACAGUAGUGGGAGCAAAAGCCAAUGGCAAGCAGGGCCAACUAAUUCUAUUUUCGCCUCUAUCCUCAUCCUCCUUUCUGAGUUCCACAAGGGCAACACGGAGACUGAGGAGGAGGAAGAUGGCUGCCAGGACUGUUUGUAAGUAAGAAUGCAGGCCUGUGAGGGAUGGCUGAGGGCAGGCUGAGGUCGGUGGGGCAGUGCCCCAUUUGCUCCAGUGGACUCAUCCGCACAGCUCAGAUGGAAAGUAGAGGCAGGGAAGGGGGCAUUAAAAGUGGCAGUUCUUCUCAGAUGUUGACAAACGAUCUAUCCACUUGAUGAUUUGUUGGUUGGGGUGUGGUGCUCCUAACUCCAAAGUUGCAGGUUGAAUCCCAUAUGGGACAGCUACAUAUUCCUGCAUUGCAUGUGGUUGGACUAGAUGAUCCUAAGGGUCCUUUCCAACUCUACAUUACUAUGAUUCUAUGAAGAGUUAAAAAAUCUGCAGCGCGCUCUCUUGUUCUCUCUCAUACAUACACUUGCUUUCAAUUCCCUUAGCACGCAAACCAAUAAUGCAUUACAGAUUUAUGUCACAUUAGAACAGGGCUCAAUUUUAUUUCAUUUUCAAGGUUCCGGAGCCGAAAUCUAAGUGCAGCGAUGCUCUGUUUAUGGGUGCUACUGCCUGGUGCAAUUCAGUGGUCAGGGAAAUUUUACUGUGUAUGCUUCAUUAACCAAGCCACCAUUAAAAGUAUACAGAGCGAAUGCAUGUUGCGGCUGGGUCUUGUUACAAACACCAGUUUCUUAAAGUAAACUCUGGGGUCCUAUGCAAUUUAAUUCUGGAAUUAGGAGCUAUACCUCAUCAGAUCUUUGGUCAAUCUAUCUCAGUUAUUGCCUAUGCAGAGUGGCUGUGGCACUCCAAGGUUUCAGUUGGUGGUCUUUCCCAGCCUUAUCUGCAAAUGGCAGGGAUUGAGCCUGGUAUGUGCAUGUUUGUAGGGCAGUAUAAUCAGAGCUUCUCCCCUAGCACUUUCCCCGGGCCUGUGGACAAUGUCUUCUGGAUGAUACAGCUGUAUUUAACAUGUGAGCUACCAAGCACCUCUUAUGGUAGCCUACUAUGUACUUGGCUGCCAGUGCUGACGGGUGAAUCAACCACCAGUCCCGUCAGCUUACAUGCCUGAAGUGGGAGGGCAAUUUGUCCUUUGCCUCAGCAGGAAACUUUACAGUGGUACCUCGGGUUACAUACACUUCAGGUUACACACUCCGCUAACUCAGAAAUAGUGCUUCAGGUUAAGAACUUUGCUUCAGGAUAAGAACAGAAAUCGGGCUCCAGCGGUGCAGCAGCAGCAGGAGGCCCCAUUAGCUCAAGUGGUGCUUCAGGUUAAGAACAGUUUCAGGUUAAGAACGGACCUCCGGAACGAAUUAAGUACUUAACACAAGGUACCACUGUAUUGGGAUGGCACUAGUUAUUAACUCUGCAAUCUAAUGUACUAGGGUUGCAAUAUUUCAAAAAGUGAAAAUCCAGACACAAAAUCUACACUUCUGAUAUGGGUUGCCGUAUGUCCAGAUUUCCCUGGAUAUUUCAGUGAGUUCCUCCUGGGCACAGGUCUGGGAAGUUGAGGACGUAUGUACACUUACUUGGGAGCAAGUUUCAUUUACUUCAAUGAAAUUUGGGCCCUAUCUGUUUUAUACAUUGGAUGCAGUAUCAUAACACUUUAAACAGUCAUGGUUUCCCAAAAUAGUAUUCUGGGAACCAUAGUUUGUUAAGGGUAUUGAAUGCUGUUUUGCUGUUGUUUAGUCAUUUAAUCAUGUCCGACUCUUCGUGACCCCAUGGACCAGAGCACGCCAGGAACUCCUGUCUUCCACGGCCUCCUGCAGUUUGGUCAAACUCAGGCUGAUAGCUUCAAGAACACAGUCCAACCAUAUUUGUCUUCUGUUGUCCCCUUCUCCUUGUGCCCUCCAUCUUUCCCAGCAUCAGGGUCUUUUCCAGGGAGUCUUCUCUUCUCCUGAGGUGGCCAAAGUAUUGGAGCCUAAGCUUCAGGAUUUGUCCUUCCAGUGAGCACUCAGGGCUGAUUCCUGUUAGGGAACCCCUAUUCCCCUUACAGAGCUACAAUUAGCAGAGUGGUUUAACAGCCAAUCCUUCUUCUCAGGGAACUCUGAGAACUGUAGCUCUUUGAAAGGACUAGGAAGGGGGUCUCCUAACAACUUCCAGCACUCUUAACAAACUACAGUCACCUGGAUUCAUGGUUGUUUAAAGCCAUUGGCUGCUGAUUUAAAUGUAUAGUCAGAUAUGAUGUCAAAAAUCAUGAUUAUUUAAACACGAGCAACUAUGCAUGUACGCUUGCAUGGAUACAAAAUACAAAAUUGUGGGGUCCAAAUAUAAUUCUCCAAGCUGUAGCAAAUAUAUAACAAAGAAGUUCACCAAACAAUGCAGAAAAUAUUUGAUGAGAAUUCCAAGAUCAUAUCUCAUUUCCUGCUUCUUCAGAAUCAAAUUGGAGAAUAGCUUAUGAAUUGCAGCCAUUAAUCCUUUCAGUGGGAGAAAUCCAAUGUGGUGCUACAUAAAUAUUCCAUCUAUGCAGGAAUUUCUGGUUGCAGGGAUGGCCUGCCCUUGAGGCAAGGUGAAGCAAACACCUCAGGCAAGAUCCAUGGGGUAACAGAUCAGGCCUCUGAGGAAUGCAUCACAUGUAGAUCUUUAUUCCCACCCGCCCCUUUGCUCCCAAUGUAGAUUUUCACUCUCCCCUUUCUUCCUGAUGUAGAAAUUCACUUCAUCUUCACUGGCAAGGGAGGGGGCACCAUUAUGUGGUUUGCCUCAGAUGACAAAAUGUCUAGGACUGGAAUGUUCUACCCCUGCACUCCCCCAAAUCUAUUCUAAGGUUUUCCCCUAACUCCCCAGAGCAUAUUUGAGGAAGGUGCAGACUAUUCAGGGGCGAGAGAAGGGGUGAAAGUCCCAUUUUACAAGUGUAAAUGGUUGCACUGAUGGGACAGGUUAGUCCAUGGGUAGGCAAACUAAGGCCCGGGGGCCGGGGCCGGCCCAAUCGCCUUCUAAAUACAGCCUGCUGAUGGUCCGUGAAUCAGUGUGUUUUUACAUGAGUAGAAAGUGUCCUUUUAUUUAAAAUGCAUCUCUGGGUUAUUUGUGGAGCCUGCCUGGUGUUUUUACAUGAGUAGAAUGUGUGCUUUUAUUUGAAAUACAUCUCUGGGUUAUUUGUGGGGCAUAGGAAUUCAUUCAUUUUUUCCCUUCAAAAUAUAGUCCCACAAGGUCUGAAGGACAGUGGACCAGCUCCCUGCUGAAAAAGUUUGCUGACCCCUGUUAAAGUUGAAUAGCGCCCAAGGUCUCACAAUUUCCUUCCUUCCUUCCUUCCUUCCUUCCUUCCUUCCUUCCUUCCUUCCUUCCUUCCUGGCAUAUAUAAAAUAUUGUAAUCCACAAUAAAUAAGAAACCUUAUACCCAUAUAUCAUUUAUUUUUUUAUGGCAUGUCAUUGUCACUUGGGUUCCUGUGGCUUUCUCUUUCAUUAUGUCCCCCCCCCCUCAUUUUUUGGCUAAUAAUUCCACUCACACUCACAUUGCCCUCUUUUGCAAGAGGUUGCAGCCGAGUUCCUUUCAAGUAUGAAUUCUGCACAGAACGAGGCAGUGCAGCAGAACAGGCCGCUUGUGGUGGUGACACACACCCUCUGUGGAAGGGGACAAAGGAGCUAUUUUGUCACCUCUCCUUUCAUGCCACUGAUGUCUGCUUGUUCAUGCAGAGAUCAUGGCCAGGUGCACUGUAGGCCGAAUGCCUUUCAAGGUAAGAGUCUUAGCUCCUGCUCAGGCCCGAGAAGCAGGUCAGGUAACAAUCUAUGUUUUGCCUCAGGCAUUUCACUCCAGAAGAAAGAGGUGGUGGAAGAGCUGUCAGUUGCUUCAUCUUAGCAGAGCUACAAGGCCUGCUCUCCCUGUAUGACGGACGGAACCGAGGGAUGAAUUAUGGGAGGGCUGGAAGGAGGUCAGAUAGAAGGAACGCCAAACGAAUAGUUGCAGGAAGGUGCAUUGUUUUAGGGAUGGGGAGACAUACUCGAACCAGCUUCCAUUUAAAGAAAACCUCACCCAAUUCACACUUUCUGAAACAUCAAACAAACCAAAAGACAGCGAUCCGCCAGAAAAUUCGCUCCCCUCCGAAUUUUGCAGCGCAGUUCUCCAGUCCAAUAAUGGGUAGAAAAAAUGCAUGCUGUAAAACUGUACUUAUAAAGGCAGAUAUUAGUGAAAAUAACACGCAAAAAUGAAUUAAAUUACGGAAAAAGCCACUUACAAAAAUGUGUACAUUUGUCAAAACUGCAAAAAAAAAAAAAAGGUUAUUUGGAGAAAAUAAUGCCAAAACGCUGAUGCAUUUUCAUAAGGGUUUUGCGAGCUAGUGUGAAAAUGUAGAGAACUGAACUUCAAGCUCAGGAAAAUGGUUACCGUAACUAAGAGAAGCAAAAUUGACAGUUUUGUCUGUCUCCAGCAAGCGUGCAGAACCUUUGGCCCUCCAGAUGUUGUUUCAGGCAGGAGUCUCUCUUAGCCUUACCUGGGGAUGAAAUGGAUUGAAUCUUGGAAACCCCCCCCCCCCCGCAUAAAAGGUAGGUGCACUGAACCACAGCCCUUCCCCAAUUAUUCAGCUUACCAGCUUACCAGGAAGGGAGUCUGGACUAAACAAUUUGCUCUCCUCCUCUCUCUGCACACAUGGACAUUUACCCACACCUGCCCUGCUAAGGCUUUAUGGGGAACAGCAUUUUGGAGGAAAUGGGAGGUUGGCAGAGAGGAGUUUAUUUUCUAAGCCUGCUAAAUAUACGCUAGAACGAUGGUGAUGGUUUUUGUGUGUGUGAUGGUUUCUUUUUUUAAAUAAAUAAAUAAAUAGCAAAUUGAUAUGGGAAAUGUGGAGAACAUGGAAUCAUAGAAGCAUAUAUUUGUAGAGUUGGAAUGGGAUCCCAAGGGUUAUCUGGUUCAAUCCCCAGCAAUGCAGAUAGGAAAGAAUGAGAAACUGGGAGAAACUGAAACUGAAAGGUUUCUCCAUCCUUAUUCCAGGCCAUGUGAGACUUUAAGGAAAGGGGGAAGAUAAUGUUUGGGAGGUGGGGUAAGGGGGUGGUAAAAAAGGACCCCUGGAUGGUUAGGUCCAGUCAAAAGCGACUAUGGGGUUGCAGCGCUCAUCUCGCUUUUCAGACCAAGGGAGCCAGUGAUAGCUUUCUGGGUCAUGUGGCCAGCAUGACUAAACUGCUUCUGGUGCAACAGGACACCAUGACAGAAACCAGAGUGCACGGAAAUGCCAUUUACCUUCCCACCGCAGCGGUACCUAUUUAUCUACUUGAACUGGCGUGCUUUCAAACUGCUAGGUUGGCAGGAGCUGGGACAGAGCAAUGGGAGCUCACUCCAUUGCAGGGAUUCAAACAGCUGACCUUCUGAUCAGCAAGCCCAAGAGACUCAGUGGUUUAGACCACAGUGCCACCCGCGUAAGGGGAUGAGGGGCCAUGGGGAAGGGUGAUUUUAGGGUUCAAACACUAUGGGGCUUGGGAAUUCCAGGAAUUUAAAAGUGGGCCCCACACUUGAGCUAGGCUUUGUGCAGUUCCCAGACGACUUUUUCUGAAUGUUGUCAGGGUCUUUAAUUUCAACAUCACAAAACACAACUCCAUUUCUUCUGUUAAAUCUGAGGCUGAAGUAGCUUGGCAGAUGAAUAGAUCUAUUUAGAUUACAGGGGCCUGACUUUUAUUUACCAUGGAUUCUGAGAAUGCUGAGGAUUAUAGUCAUUUUCAAAAUCAGCCAUGGCUAUAAAUUAGGUCUUUUGUUCUCUUUAAUUAAACUCUGCAUUCUGUGCUCAUAUAAUCUGAGUGACAAAAAGGAAUCGGCUGGAAGGUGGGUGGGUAUUGAGACAUCCUCACCUGAUAGAAAAAUUAAAAUCGACCUGGGCAAAUAAAUUAAAAUGGAGCUUGGGAACAUGGCUUAAAAUAAUAAUAAUUUGUGUGCUGUUUGAGUCAUGUAUUAGAAGUUCUAACCAGUUUCUAAAAUUAUUUCUUCUUUUGAAGUGCUUAAAUCAGGAAGCUAGUAUUUCUAGGGUUUUUAUGGAGGAUGACCCCAGGGUCUCAUGUUUAUUAUCGGCUCUUACAUCUUAAUUGAUAUGGGGCUUUGGAACAUUUUCAAAAUGUUCCAAGCUAUAAUUCAUUGAGGGUGUCAUGUAAAGCUUGGGGGGGGGGGAAGAGUACGGAACAGAUGGCACACAGACCAUGCUCCUGACUGGGGAAAUCGCAGGGACCGAGGUAUCUUGCUGCUGUUGUUUACUGCGAGAGUCAAACGUUUCCUAAAUUAGAACAGAAUAGAUAUGCCUUUGUAAACAUUGUGUGCAUGGCUGCAAUUGAAAUUCUGUCUAAACCUGAAAUAUGGCCAAGAUAGAUGAGAUGAGGACUCAAAAUGCCCGACUUCCCAGAUUUCACCCUCCCCCCCAGCAAAUGUUUUUGGCUUCCCACAGUGACAUCUGGUUGGCAACUUUGAGACCAGGAUGUUGGACCAAAUGGGCCACUGGCCUGAUCCUGCAGGUUAGUCAUAUGGUCUUAUGCAAAUGACACUUGCAGGUGUGCAUUUUCUUUAACAGGGCAAAUAGCAGACUCAGUUGUGUGUGGGGGGUGUGAAAACCCAGCGGCGAAGCUGCAUGCUCUGGCACCGGGGGUGGAGAGCGGAUGGGGGCGUGGCUGGCACAUGUCUCAGGGGUGUGGCACGCCACCCAUGGGGGUGUGGCAUGCGUCCUGGGGUGUGGCGUGCCGCUCGUGGGGGCAUGGCACCCGGCGCGGUGGGGGGGUACGCGGCAUGUUUCCGGGGUGUGUGGCUGUGAUGGUACCCCCCUCCCCAAUGGUGCUGGGAGCGGUGCGCUCCCCCUGCCCCCCGUUCCUCUGCCAGUGGAAAAACCUUCCCAUUAUCACACCAUAUUUGAAAGCAGUGCCGGAUUAAACCCUGUGGAGGCCCCUAGGCAGUUGAAAUCUCAGGAAACCCCCUCACAAAUUCUCCUAAUUUGUUUUUGAUUCUACGAGCCAACAAUUUUAAUAAACCAAGGGGCAGGCCCCCUAAAAGGUGUGGGACCCAUAGGCCAGUGCCUGCUCUGCCUAUUUGGUAACCUGGCAUUGUUUGAAAGCUAAGAUAUUUGCCUAGGCACAACAAAAAAAGAUCGGAAUGAGAUGUCAUAGAUUUAUUCUUUAUAGUCACAAUAUUUUGCACUGAAUUAGGAGUAUAUAUCAAAUGAAUCCUAUGUAUCAGCCUGACGGCUGACAGUUUAAAUUAGACUUAUGAAUUAAAAAUGCUCAUGAAACGGUAGAACAUCUUUAAGCAAAAUGUGUCGUUCAUCACACCUCACAACAGACGUGUCUGAUCUGGGAGUUGUGGAGAAGGAUGGAGAAGGAUGAAAAGGUGUCAUGAAUGCAACCUGGGAUUGGAGGGGAGAGGCACAGAGCACCAGAGAUCUCAGUUAAUUCCAUCUGUUCAAGAGCUUUCAAUCAUACCACACAUGCACACAUGUUAUCAUUUCCAAAGAUAGUUGCUGCAUCUAUCUAGGUGGCAAACAUAGUGGCACAAAGGGAGGCAGGGAGGCAGAAGCUGGUGGAAUUGCCGCACUUGUUCUUGGGGAGCUGUAAAGGUUUCCACCCCAAAAUGGCUCUGUCUCCAGAGUUCUCAUAUUCUGCUAUGGUCUUUCCUACACAACAAUUAGGAAUGGUAGAAUAUGUUGAUUUUAGUUUCUCUCUGUUUCUCAUCUCCUCACUCUUUAAGUUCAGUUACCCUUAUUCCCACAUCAGUUUGUGGAUUAUUAUUUGUGAAUUAUUAUUUUUAAAAGGUCUCAUAAGAGUUCAUCAACAUUUUAGCAUGCAUUGCCCCUAAUAUAUACAUUUUCAUGCAAUUUUGUCUAAUAUACACAUUUUUGCAAAAGAAAACAAAUCCCACAAAUAUCAUGCAUAUGUGCAGUGCUUCUUUUCUUUUAAAAAAACGUUUAGGGGUACUCUCAGUCUGACUCAAGAAAACCACCAUUUUAUAAUUCAAAUUGGGGGAAGUAAAUACAGUAAAUGGACAAAAGUACGAAGGACAUGCAUUACCUCAUAUUACACAGCUGACAGAUCACAGUAACUUCUACAUUCGCAUGAGGUUGUGUGCACUAACAUCUUCCCAAUUCCUCUGAUGAAAAAUAGUUAGUAAUUCUCCUACUCAUACUGAAACACUGCCCCUCAAUGAGGCCAAACAUUCACCAUUAAAACACCACACAUCCAAAUUCCACACUGCUUCACACAUUAAACGCUCGCUUCUGUCUGAGACUUAGGAAACACCAGGAAAGGAAAUGAAGACGCCAUUGGGGGUCACAAUGAAAAUGACGAUUCACCACGCUGGAGAAAAAACUAUUCUUUUUUUUUAAAAAAAAGUUAGUUUCUUCUCCUGUUAGAUUCGCAAAACGUUUAGGGGUACGCAUACCCCUGCGUCCCCCCCGAAAAAAGCACUGCAUAUGUCUAUGUUAUUUUCACUUGUACACAUUUUACACUAUAUGUGCAUUUUAUACCAGUGUAUGUACCCUUGUGCUCAUUAUUGUUGCUUUAUUGAGCAAAUUUUAUAUAAUGCUUGAUUAUAAAAAACAAACAACUCUUAAGUAGUUUAAAACAGUGUUGACUGGAGAUACUGUAUAUACUUGGAUGGGGAACUGCAUCGCAAAAUCAAGGUAUUGAUUAAAUAUUCCAAAGGUUGAUGGUGUCUAACUUCAGUUCUUUCAGUAAGUGCAAAUUAAAUGUUCACCUUUACAUGUGAACUGAAUCAAAUUUCUCUCCCAUCCUUAAUGACAACUAGGCAGAAGCCUUGAUUGCAUACAUUCUGCUGGGUUAUAAGGCUAUGUGACCGCAACCCACCAUAUUCAAGCCUUUGGGUGCCUCUGGACAAAUGGGCACAGCACUCCUGUGAAAUGCCAUUUUAUCUUCCAAAGAAUGUUGUUUCCUUCAUUUAGUCUUUCUCAUUCAUACAGUUGCUAUACAUCUAGUGAAUGUGAAUUAUUAGGCUUUCAUACACGCAGAAUGAGGGAAAAGUAUUUUAGAAAUGAAAAUUAUUGAUUCAUUGUGGAGUGAUAAUGAGUUGACUAACCUUACUUGGAGAUAUUGUAAAUGUUAAAUAUUGUACCUGCAGGGCUGAUGGUUAAAGAUAAUAAGUUUAAAAAAUGUGAAUUAGAAAUAACUAGGGAAAUAAUGCAGCAACAAAAAGAACCUCUGGACACAUCAGGAACGGAGUGUGGGAAUCCAUUUUUUGGAAAAAUUGUAUUAAAUUUGUUUUAAUGUGGCUUGUUUGGUAAAAAAAAAAUGGGGGAAAAUCAAUAAAAAUGAUUUAGCAUAGAGUUGUUGUUCAAAAUCAUAAUAUUGUAAAGGUAACAAAACUGACUUGGACCUAUGAACACCACCGGAAGCCCUUCUUCGUGUGCCCCCUCCACAAGAGGUCCAAAGGGUAACAACGUGAGAAUGGGCUUUUUCAGUGGUGGCUCCCCAUUUGUGUAAUGCUCUCACCAGAGAGGCUUGCUUGACACCUUCAUUCCAUAGCUUUAGGCACCAGGCAAAAAUGCUCUUCUAUAAGCAGACCUUUGGUAGAUUAAAUGGCAUUUUAUAGGUGUUUGUGGGAGGUGGGGUUAUUGGUUGGUUGGUUUGUGUUUGUUUGUUUUUCAUGUAUUUUGUGUUCUCAGUUUGUAUUUUUAUGCUGUAAAGUGCCCUGUGAUCUUCAGAGGAAGGGUGACAUGUAAAUUUAAUACAGUGGUACCUCGGUUGUCGGACAUAAUCCAUUCCAGAAGACAGUUUGACUUCCGAAAGGUUAGACAACCGAGGUGCAAAGGACGGUCUCUAAAAUCAAUGGAGAAAAUUGAAGGGGGAAAAACCCAGCAGAAGCCGUUCAACUUCUGAGGUGUUUUCGAAAACAGAAGCAUUUACUUCUGGGUUUUCGGUGUUUGAAAACCAAAACAUUCGGCUUCUGAGAUGCUCGGAAACCAAGGUACCACUGUAUAUAAAUGAUAAAUAAAUGUAAUUAAUAAAAAAUAAUAAGUAUUGAAACACUUAAGGUAGGUCGAAAGCAUCCCAAAGAUAAAUGACCACGUACGUCAUAUACCCACAAGAUCUUCAGAGUCUUCCUUUGCAGAAUCUUAUCUGACACUGCAGUUGUGUGACAAAGGCCCCAAAUCAGAUUAAUGGAAGCAAUUUCUACCGAUAAUAUGGGCAGUUGGGGGUGGGGGGUUGGCUCCAGACCACGCUGGAUGGAUUGAGGCUGAUUAAAAGGUGAUAUGAAAGCCGUCUUCAGAGCUGGUAAAUGAUUGAUUAUACCAUUUCUACCCAACAGCUGCACAUCUACAUGUUUGUUCCACAUUCCCAAAGAAUUAUAAAAGCCUGGUGAAUUCAUGCUGAAUUCAUCCUCAGCAUGGAUUAUUAUUCUGUAUGUUGAAUAACAAUUAUGGUGCAACAGCCCCUUCUGGCAGUUUUACCUGGGAUGACAGUUGAUUGCUCUGCAGUUUCCCGGACUUCUGAAAGGUCCCUUUUGAUUUCUUAUGACAUACUUAGAUAUUUUAUUUUAAAAACCAACAAUUUCAUACUUGAGUUAUCUAAGUACUUCCGAGGGAAUGACACACUCUGGUGACUCGCAGCGUUUUGCUUUUCUUUCUUUUUUUAAUUGUCAUUUUGCUCUAACACAAUCUCUUGCCACCUCUGUUUUCUAUACUUCGUCAUUGGUGCUCCCUAGAAACAAAGACUCUGGGAACUUAACAGCAUAUUUAUUGUUAAUAUUUCAUUUUGCUUCUCUUGCAAUUUCUCUGGCUGCAUUCAGAAGGCAAUUUACUCCACCUUCCCAGUGUUUCCUUACAUCUUAAUUUCCAUGUUUUAUGCGACCUUUAACAGGACAUAAAAGCUACUUCUGGAAGUCUAGUGGAAUUUAGCAGAUGUUUAGCAUGCAUUUCCUUGUUAAUUGUUUCUGGAAAAAAUCAAUUUGCAACCUUGUUAAGUCAGAAAACCGGGGGGGGGGGGUGAGUUCUGUACUGUCAUUUCACACAACAAAAUGUGGGGCUCUAUGCUGCCAUACAAUUCUUUCCCACUGCUUACAGUUUAGCAUCACGUGGUCAUAUAUUGAUCAAAAAGCCACCGUUCCAUAGCACAACAAGUACUGCCAUGUGAAAGGGACAUUAGAAAGUGGGACAGAAGUGCUGGCAUUAUAAUCAGGAAAACUAGCACAAUAGUUUUCACAGCAGAAUUGCACCUGCCAUCUUUCUUCAAUGCUUCUUUGAUAUACAACUGUCACAUCAUUGGGCUUUCACUGCUAUCCUGCUGUAUUUUAAUAGGGGAAAUUGCUUUGCAAAGAUGUAGUAGACACUGGGGGAAAUCGCAUACAAACAUGCAUGUCUUAGGAAAAAUUUCACUAAAAUCCUGAUGCAUUUUAAUGGGGACAUUAAAAUAAACAAAUCACAAACUGGUGUGGAAGUGUGGAGUCCUAGACAUAAGACUAUAUAAAAGAGAAAUGGAAAUGAACAGAUUCACUCAUCCCUACGCAAGAGUAAGGGUGCCUGGAGACUCUGGGUCUCUUUGACUGCAAGUUGUCCCUGAAACAUCUUCAUCAUAGAAACAUAAGACUGUAGGGUCAGAAGGAAGCCAAAGGGUCAUCUUGUCCAACUCUCAGCAAUGCAGGAACCAAAGCUAAAGAAUCAUUGGCAGAGGGCCAUCCAAUGAAGGAGAGUCCACCUUCUUCUGAGGUGGUCCAUUCCACUGUCAAACAGCUCUUGCCAUCAGAAAGUGAUGAAGAAUCACAUUUCAUGUCAUUUAAUGUAUUAGUUUGGGUCCUCUCCUCUGGAGCAGCAGAAAACAAGCUUGCUCCAUGCCUUCGGAUAAUUGCCAUGUCUUCAGAUAACUGAAGAUAGCUAUCAUAUCACUUCUCUGUCUUCUCUUCUUCAGACUAAGCAUACCCAAUUCCCUCAACAGUCCAUCAUAAGGCUUGAUUUCCAGACCCUUUAUCAUCUUGGUUCAUCUUGGUUCCAGCAGUUAUGGUUGAGGUUUGGUCCAGGAGACCAGAGUAAGGCCUCCUCUUUGAGCCUUCCUGUUUCUGGAAACAGCACAGGUCUCUGGCUCCUUACUUCUUACACCUGAACCUUGUCACCAUGCUGUUUGUAAAUCCACUAUAAGGCAUUCUGUACGCAGUCAUAGUGGGACAUACUUUGGAGAGGAAGGUCUUUACCCAUGUUGAAGCUAAAGUGAGUGCCUGUGAGCCAGGCGUUUUCCUCCUGCUUUGAAUCCCCUCUCCACCUUUUUCAUGCUUGACUUCGUGUUAAGGGAAUUUCACAUCUGCUCAAUGAUGUGACUAAACUAGGGCAAUUUCAAGCUUUAUUAGCAGCGUCAGCUUCCAAAUACCGCUAAAACGAGAAUCAACAGCUGUUCCAGGCACAGUCCCUUUGGAGAAUUCAGGGCCUUCAUGUUCAGCAAUUCAGAACUCUCUAAUAGUCCUAAAAUUGGAUCUAUUUCCAUAACAUGGCGUGAAAGGAAAAUGUGUUGGAACAUGUAGGACAAGUGUUAGCGGUGAAGAACAUAAGCCAUGAGCCAAUGUCCCGUUCUGGCCCUCUGAGAAGGCAAGGGAGCUGCCCAGCAAGUUAAGUACCAAUAGAGUUGGGUUCUAAGCACAGGCAAAACAUAAGAUGUUCCAAACAGAAAGACCAGAGAGUAAAAUUAAUGCAAAAUUCAAUGGUAUCUCAUUACUUCUCCACAUACUUAUCAGCCUGAGCAUCACAUUCUCUUUCAGAGGGUGUUGGGAAAUUUGUUUCCAAUGUUGAGUAGAAAUAAAUUAAAUGGGGGGGGGGGGAGACAAUAUCUACAAAAUCCAAAAAUUAUUUGUUUAUACUCCCCUUGAACUUCUCCUGAUAAAAGUCAUCCGUCAAGGUGGCUAAGACUGUUUCAGUGCCACAGGUCUGAACAUCAGUUGCUGGAAAACGGCAGGAGAGGAGCAUGCGACUGUGCUCACAUCUUGCUUGUGGGCUUCCCAUAGGCAUCUGGUUGGCUACUCUGAGAACAGGAUAUCAGGCUUGAUGGGUCCUUGGCCUGAUCCAGCAGCUCUUAUGAAGCCAAACUGAGAUGGGUCUAGAUCAGAAACAUGGGUCUCCAGCUGUUUUUGGACUACAGUUCCCAUCAUCCCUGACCACUGGUCCUGCUAGCUAAGGAUGAUGGGAGUUGUAGUCCCAAAACAGCUGAAGACCCCAGUUUGGGAAACACUGGUCUAGAUAAUCAGUUUUACAGUCAUACCUCGGGUUACAAACGCUUGAGGUUGCAUUUUUGGGGGUUACGGACUGCCGAAACCCAGAAGUACUGGAACAGGUUACUUCUGGGUUUCGGCAGUUGCGCAUGUGCAGAAGCGCCAAAUCACAACCUGUGCGUGUGCAGACGCGCCGUUGCAGGUUGUGAACGUUGCGGGUUGUGAACGUGCAUCCCACACAGAUCACAUUCGCAACCUGAGCGUCCACUGUACAGUGGUACCUCGGGUUAAAGACGCUUCAGGUUACAGACGCUUCAGGUUACAGACUCCGCUAAAGCCACUUCUGAGCUGGAGAGGAGUUGGGGUUGUGGGCUUCAUGCCCUCCCCCCACAUGCGGGGGGGCUGGCUUGCAGCCCCCGCGAGAUCGGGGAAUCCUCGGACGCGUCAUCUCCCUUGCCAGCCAAUCGGCUGGCCCGGGAGCCGUGGCCCAUGCUAUUUAGUGCUGGAGCGGCCGAGGAUUUCCCUCUUUCUCCACUCCAGUGCCCCAGCUGCUCCGGUUACAGACUCCGCUAACCCAGAAAUAUUACCUCGGGUUAAGAACUUUGCUUCAGGAUGGCUACAGAAAUUGUGCUCCGGCGGCGCAGCGGCAGUGGGAGGCCCCAUUAGCUAAAGCGGUGCUUCAUGUUAAGAACAGUUUCAGGUUAAGAACGGACCUCCAGAAUGAAUUAAGUUCUUAACCCAAGGUACCACUUUGUUUGAUUUAUUUAACAAAAUGCAUAUAUCGCUUUGAUGGUAGCAAACCCCCAAAGUGAAACCACAAGAAGCUUCCCCCAGGUUUGCCUGACACUCUCUGGCAACCGUCCUCUCAAUCACCUUACCAGUGAAGGAAAUGUUAUCAACUGGCUGGUAGUUGUCCUAACACCGAAGACCAACCAUGCCUCCCCUGAUCUUUCUCUGUGCUGCAGCAUAUCAUACCCAGGCUCUUUCAACCACUCCUCAUUCGACUAGCCGCUCUAGUGAUUUAGCAAGACUCAUUCCCAGCUCUUAAGCAGUAGAAGAUUCUAAUUAAUUGCUGUUGAAAGAAUGUAAGGCUGAAGAAAUGCUGAUUUAGCUUUUGGCUUGGUUCACUGUGUAACCCAGUCCAGCUUCCGAACAGUUUCAUGCGACACUGCUUCGGGGUUGGGGGAGGGGAGAGUCAGUUCUUAAACAAGAAAAGCAUUGUAGAGAUCAUCGCCUGUUUCUUCUCUCCUCCUCCUUAAAAAAAAAAAAAAAAAGUCAACUGGUGAUAAAUUGAUAAAAAUUCUAGACCCCUGGGCUGGCUACAGUAGGUUCAGGUGAGCAAAUGAGUGCAGGUAUAGUCAUCCUAAACUUUGCCUUACACGAAUUGCUUUGGGAAGCAGACAGCAUGGUUCUGUGAAAGCGAUCUCGCUAGGAGAAAAGAGGUCUAAAUCCUUUCUUUGCGAUAACAGGAUUUGAAAGGUAUCUAUAAUACGGUCUUCUACUUUUAAAGAGAAUAUGUAAGUUUCCUUUUCUCGUGUGUAUGGUCUUUUUUUAAAAAAAUGUUUUGUGGAGGAAGUCUCUGUAUUAUAAAAUGUGUGCGCCUGGUGGUGGGUUUGCUUGUAGUUAGGAGAGCUCGUAGUUAUAAAGUCUGAACAGAUGCAUUUCUUCCCUGAACGCCUGUUUGGUGACUUAUGAAGUUUUGUUUUAGCCUCUGUCUUUUUGAUAGGACGCGAGUGUUCACUUUUAUGGCCUCUUCUUUCAAAAAUAGUAUUAGAGCCAUAGUGAGGCCAAUUAUGAAGCAGGAGAAAGGUGUCAGCAUGUUUUGGUGAAUCCUGCAGUAUACAGAAGAACAAAAACUGUGGGUUGUAUCCAAAGUAGCACUGAGUAAAGUGUCCUGGGAGUAGGACUGCCCUGUUUUCCUUCCCUCAUGCCCCCUUCUGCUGUUGAGGGUUGCUGGAACCCCAAGAUUUGGGGAGGGGGCAUGCAGUGGGUGGGGGAAGAAGGGAGAAUGUCCCACAAGUGGAAAACCUUGCACUGACAGCAAACACUAGUUGUAUGCACACACCUCAAUAAGACACUAAUAAUAAUAAUAAUAAUAAUAAUAAUAAUAAUAAUUUAUUAUUUGUACCCCGCCCAUCUGGCUGGAUUUCCCCAGCCACUCUGGGCAGCUUCCACAAAUACCAAAAAUACACUAAUAUGUCAUACAUUAAAAACUUCCCUGAACAGGGUUGCCUUAAGAUGUCUUCUGAAUGUCAGGUAGUUGUUUAUCUCUUUGACAUCUGAUGGGAGGGUGUUCCACAGGGCGGGCGCCACUACUGAGAAGCCCUCUGCCUGGUUCCCUGUAGCUUUGCUUCUCGAAAUGAGGGAACCACCAGAAGGCCCUCAGCGUCCGGGCAGAACAAUGGGGGUGGAGACGCUCCUUCAGGUAUACUGGGCUGAGGCCGAGACACUUGUGAACUGUGCAUGUGUGAUCAAGGUCACUGGGCUACAGGAGUGUGUUUGUCACACUCUUCAGUCACUCUUCCCAGAGCACAAAAAGCAGUUCAUGUUUACAAUAUAAUAAUACAAUACGAUAAUCUUUAUUGUUAUUGUCCCAUACAGAACAACAAAAUGGAAAAAUCUACAUAAAACAUUCAAAACCCAACAAGCCUGCUAUCCCAACCUGGUUAGCCCCCUAAAAACUCUGGUACCCCAUUUUUAAAUACAAUAUACUUCCAUAGAGACUCCUUACCCUGCGUUUAAAACCAAAAUCGCAUUUGGGUAGAAACUGUUUCUCAGGCAGCUAGUCCUAGUCUUUAUAACCCUGUACCUUCUUCCAGAAGGCAGAAGCUGAAAGAGAUCAUUUCCGGGGUGCGUACUAUCCUGCACUAUCUCUGCAGCUUUCUUAUGGCACCUGGAAGCAUGAUCCACGGUGGGAAGAGUGCACCCAAUUAUUCUCUCCGCAGUCUUUACAAUCCUGGACAGCAUUGUUUUUUUUCCUUGAAACAUGCACAACACAAAAGGGAAGUGGUUUGAGGAGGGAGGAGGAGGAAAUAAGCAAACUCAGUUUCGCAUUCUGAGUUGCAAGCUGUUCUAAUGACGAGCUGGGAUGGAAAAGUUCAAGGAGAGGGUAAACAAAAGAUGCCAGUCAGUUUGCAGCCCCAAUGGACUGGGCCUGCGUCCUUCCUCUCCCCUCCUUGGUGUAGUGACUGCUGCCAAGUGACAGGCGUUACAAUCCCGUCACGGCUGGACUACUGUAAUGUGCUCUAUGUGGGCAAGCCCUUGAGCCUGGUCCUGAAGCUCCAACUGGUGCAGAAUGCAGCAGCUAGACUGCCGAUGGUGACACAUGACACCUCUGCUAAAACAUCUGCACUGGCUGACUGUAUCCUACUAGGACAGGUUCAAGAUUCUUGUGUUGAUAUAUAAAGCCCUGAGCAACCUGAACCAAGAUCCCUCAAGGACCACUUCAGCCUUCAUAUCCCACCUUGAUCACUGAGAUUAUCCAGAGUAGCACCAUUAGUUUUUGUCCCAUGUUACAGAGACAUAACUGGCCACAACUAGAAGUCAGGCAUUUAGUUUCGCUGGUCCCAUGGGGUGAAAUACUCUUCCAGCACCGUUUUUGCAGGAAUCCUUACUUUUGACUUUUGGGAAACUCUGCAUAGAAAUUUAUCAUUUUUCCAGUCACACAGUUCUCCACAUUUCCACAUGUAGUUUUUUUUUUUUUUAAAAAAAGAGGUCCUCAUGAAAAUUCAUCAGCAUCUGAGUGUGAAUUUCUCUCAAUAUAUACACUUACGUGCAAUUUUCCCCAAUACCCACCACUUUUGCAAAGCAAUUUUCCUUAAUAUAAUGCAUUUUUCUCAUUUGUAUGAUAUACACACUUUCCAGUAGUCUAUGUCUUUUUAUAUGUAUUAUGCCGCUGGCGAACUGUCUUUCAAAAUUCAGAGAAGCACAAAUUUUGAAGAAAGGUUGUGGUUUGGUUUCUGCAUUGUUUCAGAAAAUGUGAAUUAGGGAAGCUUUUAAUGCUUAAUACCCAGAUGAGGGGUAUAAAUAAUGAAUUAUAUUAUUAUUAUUAUUAUUAAAUGGGAAAGGAAUAAUAAUAAAAAUCCUCUUUCCUGUAUACAUCUUGGAGGUGGUGCAGUCAGGGAAAUAUUUUAUCUUAGCUCUCUUGUUGAGCACCCAAGGGCCCCAAUGCCAUGAAGGAAUGUUCAUCCAACCAUCUUUAUUGAUAGGUCUACACAAAUUUGGAACAGGAUGCUUGAAAAAUAAUCUCACCUGUCAUAUACCCAGUCAAUCACUGUGUCCUGCAUAUGAGGGCCUCUUGCUGACACCAUCUCAUCAGGAGUUUCUUUCAUUCCUUUUUAGCACAAUGUAGAAAUCAGACCUUUAGUGUUGUGGAUAGUUGGAAUUCCCUCCACUUGAUUAUUAGGCAGGUGCCAUCUCUAUUUUCUUUUCAUCAUCUGUUGAAGACCUUCUUCUUUUAAGAAAAGAUCUUUCACAGCUUGCCUCUAUAUUGGAAUUGUUUUUAAUGGUUUUUUAUUGUUUCCACCACUUGUUGUUUGCUGCCAUUGGUUCCUUUGGAAGGAAAGGCGAGAUAUAAAAUUAACAAAUAAAUAAAUCAAGUCUAGUUCUCUCCAGGUUCAGAGGCAAUGUACCAAUGCAUAGUCCUCAUGGAUGUUCAUUAACAUGUUAUUGCAAAUAUCUCCUAAUCUGCACAUUUUUACAAGCAAUUUAAAUAUACACAUUUUUGCAAAGCAAUUCCCCCUCAAAUAAUGUAUGUUUGUACAUUGUCUUCAUGAAUACAGGUACUUUUAAAAUGCACUUUCAUAUUACUUGGCUGGAGAAUCUCAUUGCAAAAUUUGGAGCAGCACGAAUUUUGAAGGAUGUCUGUGUUUCAGCUUGCGUAUUCUUUCAGAAAGUGUGAAUUAGGUAGAUUCACAUUUAAAUAUGAACCAAAGUGGAUUUCUCUCUUGUCCCUACCAAAGGAUAAUAGUUGCUGGAGGGGACACACAGUGAUGAAGAGUCGUUAAAUUCGUUCAUUGCCUAUAAUCUUUCACAGAGGCGUUUGGGAUUCAACAGAGUCUUCUGUUAAGCAUGGAGCAGUCACAGAAAUAUAGACACACCAUGUAGGCUAAUAACUGUGAAAGCAUAUAUAAAAGAAUAAUGAUAUCAUUCAAAAGGUAGAAAUAAAUCUAUUAGAGUUCAUAUAUACAAUGUAACAGACUAGUGGCACAGAAAGUUCAAGAUAGGCACCAGAGGUCAGCCUCACAAUGGUUAUUAAAAGGUUUCAACAGAAGACCUCUCAAAAGUCUCAAAAGUUUUCUCAGUAGAUUUUCAAAAGUUUCAAUGGAAGACGUCCCAAAAGUCUCAAAGACAGUGUUUCCGGAAUUGUGCUGGUCCCGAGGGUUAACCGUGUGGCGAGGUCCGAGUCCAGUCCGAGGUCGAGGGUGAGGUAUGGAGGCUGUCCAUCAAAGCUGAAUCUGGGUCCAAGGCAGGGAGUCAGGUGAGGUCAGGAACUCUGGCAGAAGAGCAGGACAGGGUGCAGGCAGGAACAGGCUACCAACAAUGUUGCUCCCGCAACUUGGGACUGGGCCUGACUGGCUUUUAUCUGCCCCGAAGCAUAGGGUGGCCCCGGUCCACAGGUGAGUCACCUCUCCUGGCCUAGAGGCGAGCUCUCCUCCUGUGGGAACUUAGUUCCCACCGCCUCUCUGCCCUGAGCCUCUGCAGCUCAGGAGAGGCUGGAGGGUUACCGGACCCAGAGGUAACCUCAGCUUCCCCUGACGGGGCUGAGAGUGGAGCACCUGCAUGCAAUGGGUCCUCCAUCACCUCAGGAGCCAGAGCAGACUCAGCUGGUCCCUGCACCUGAGGAUCCAGCACAGGUGAGGACCCUUCAGGCUCAGGCCCCAGCCCCGGCUCAGCUGGUUCUGAAGGCAAGGACUCCUGUGCAGGCUGGGAUUCCUCAGGUUCAGCCUCCAAGUCCGAAUCCCAGGCCAUCACAGGAAUCAUAGAAUCAUAGAGUUGGAAGAGACCACAAGGGCCAUCGAGUCCAACCCCCUGCCAAGCAGGAAACACCAUCAGAGCACUCCUGACAUAUGGUUGUCAAGCCUCUGCUUAAAGACCUCCAAAGAAGGAGACUCCACCACACUCCUUGGCAGCAAAUUCCACUGUCAAACAGCUCUUACUGUCAGGAAGUUCUUCCUAAUGUUUAGGUGGAAUCUUCUUUCUUGAUACUACUGUUUCGUGAUAGUCUUCAUCAGCUGAAAAUACAAUACAAAGCAUAAAACCAAUGAAUGAUAACAGAAUUGAGCUACCCGCAUACAUGGUGUAUAAUAAAACACAAUAUACAAAUCAAAGUGUAUAAAGAAAGGUACAUACCCAAAGUAUGGAGCAGCAGCAGCAGCAAUAAGGCUUCCUCUUUAAUGCUGAGGUACUACUGUGGGUUUCUCCAAAACUGCUUUCUGGGAAGCCUGGGAAAUGCAGCAUUCCCAAGGCUCCCCCGGUUCCAAAUUUCAGCACCAACUUCUGUUGUAAUGAAGCCCUGGCUGGCGCGACCUCUCCAAAUGUGACAUUUACAAAGCAAGCAAAUAAAAUGCCAUUCCAGCAAUAAUUCCUUAUGACUUGUAAAUAGCGGAGGCCAUAUCCAUAAAUGCGGGCCAUUUACAAACAAAUAUACUCUGGUAGCAUCAAGCUUUUAUGAGUCUCCAAACAUCUGCUGCACAGUUGCAGUGGUUCGCUCUCGUCCUGCUAUUGCAAAGGAAUUAAUUGUUGUUGUUUUGUAAAGGAGGGGGUGGAGAAGGAGGGCAGCAUGAAUAAUAAGGGGGAGGGGGGUAGUUUAUUUUAAAUAAACUAUAAACUGGUGCAAGCUGUGCAGUUAACUUCCCGUCUCAUUUCUUUCAGAGUCGCAUUGCUGCCUUUGAUGUUGUCCUGA